CAUUCCUUGCCGGGACAGCAGCCAGUGAGGUUGCCGGCUUUUGUGUAAGGGUAAGGUAGUCCAAGACUUCUGCCGUUUUCUGACAGUUGCAGGAAAGAGAGAAAAGAAAUUGUUGAGGCCAGGAGAAAAAGCUACGGGAUGGAGGCAGCAAGAGCAAAUGGGACCACAAGUAAGUCAGAAGAUGUGAAGACCCCAGCCUCUCCACCAAAAGAGGCAGAAGAAGGGAAGAAACCAACUAGCCCAAGCAAAGGGGAGAAAGAUGCCAACAAGAAUAACACCAGCCCUGCGCUGGAGAUAGAACAGCUCAAAAAAUCGAUAUAUUCUGGGGGUGACUGGAAGAGGCCAAUCAUCCAGUUUGUUGAAUCCGAUGAGAAGAGGUCAACCUAUUUCAACAUGGAGUCUGGGGAGGGCAAGAAGCCAGCGUUCCCCUCCAUGCCUCUAGGGGAGCCUCGGAGGUCCCAGAUGUCCUUCCCAGAAAGAGGGGACCUGAGGAAGUCUAUAUACAACAUGGAAACAAAGAAAACCUUCACCAGUGAAGGGGAUGUGAAGAAGCCACUGUAUUCUAGUGGGCAGAUUGCAGAUCUGAGGAAACCUACUGUCUCCCUUGGGGAAUCAGGGGACACCAAGAGAUCCAACUUCAACCGGGUGAGCAGAGGGUCCACUUCUAGGCCCCGGGUCCUCGAAGAGGUCCUCUGCGACUCCUGCAUUGACAACAAGCAGAAGGCCGUGAAGUCCUGCCUUGUGUGCCAAGCCAGCUUUUGUGAGCUCCAUCUGAAGCCUCACUUUGAAGGGGCUGCCUUCCGGGAUCACCAGCUCCUUGACCCCAUCAAGGACUUUGAAGCCAGGAAAUGCCCUGUGCAUGGCAAGACGAUGGAGCUUUUCUGCCAGACGGACCAGGUCUGCAUCUGUUACCUCUGCAUGUUCCAGGAGCACAAGAACCACACCACGGUGACGGUAGAGAUUGAGAAAUCCGGCAAAGAGGUAUUGUUCCUUUCCUACAUAUUAUACUGGACCUUUACUCUUUCCAUUUCAGGAAGUGAGACAUCUUGAUUCAGUCUCAAGUACCCCAUUUCCAACCCAGCAAACCUUCUUAUGUCUAAUGGAAUAAAUGUGAUACAGUGGGCCUGUGCAGCUGGUUCAUGUCCAUGCAUGCCCAUCACUUGAUAUCCCAACAUGUGAUGAUUUGCACCCUGAUAUGUGUGCACUGAUAUAGGAUAUAGGAAGAGCUGCCUGACACUGAGUCAGAUCAUUUGGUCCAUCUGGCUCAGUAUUGUCUGCAUUGAUUGACAGAAGCUCUUUCAGCCAGGGGUUUUAUCCAGACCUACUUGCAGAUGCCAGGGAUUGAACCUGGAACCUUCUGCAUGCAAAGCAGAUGCUCAAAUACUGAGCUAAAACCUUUUGCCUUAGAAGUAUUUUGAGGCAAAAUGUUAUGAAACUCUCUGAUGUUGGCAGAUUCACGUAUUCCAGUUGCUGCUUGAUGCUGGAGUUUGCAAAAAAGGAGUAUGCAUGUGCAGACUAAUUAUUGAUUGUCAAGAUGAAGGACAGCCUGGGUCCUCAUACCUUUAAGGGGAGGCCCCAAGUGCCAUCCUCAGAGAAGUUAGGCUAUAUAAAAAGUUAGGCUCUGGGGACCUUUGUGACACUUGGAAGUCAGAAGCUGGGUUGUUGGUAUAAUCUGGAUGUGUGCUCAUGGCAGCUGUCGGGACAUAUGUCUGUGGGACCUGGGGUGUGUGUCAGGCAUGGACGGUAGAGAGAGAGAAUGGAAGACAGGAUAUAUUGUGCUCGUGAACUGAAGUGAGGGUCAUUGUUGUAAGGGUGUUUCUGGCGCUGUAAAGUAGCUGAGUGACAAUUACAGUGAACAGUUUACAAGGAAUGGGUGAUUGAUGGGUUAAAGCUUGAUGGGUUUUGUGCAGGAGAGAGAGAGAGAGUGCCGGAAACUUCUAUGGCCUAGCCCUUAUAUUUCUGGAAAGAAUAGUUUUAGCAGGUACAACUUGUCAUGACAGAGCGCUGCAGGGUGAGUAAGGAUGUACUCACCUGAGGGGGACUUACACCACAUAGGAGGAUUUUAACACCUUUCCGUUUUUGUAGAAGGGGGAUUUUUACCUCAGAAAACACCUGGAAGGAAGGGGGUAAUAUAGAUAAACCCAAAUAUUUUUGGACUUUUUAUUCCCUGAAUGAUAUAAGAGGAUGAAGACCCUGGCUAGAUGUUUCCAGUGUCCACCCCUCAAGAUUCUGCCCCCAAAAUACUUAACAUCACUCUGUCUUCUCUUUUUCUCUGUCUCCCUCCUUUUCUUUGAGAGGUGUUUAUUUUCUCAAAGGAUUUUCUUUCCCUUUUCUUUCUGUUUUGGGUACAGCACCUUGGACCCUGAAGGUGCCCAGUGGCUUAAAAAGGUAGAGUCAUGUUUUAUACAGGGAGCCUCACAAAACAGUUUUAAAGACAUAUGAAUAAUCAUCACGAAAAAUUCCUCACAGAAAGAGCUGAGAAGACUUUUUUUUAAUGAAAGGGUUUUCAAUAUUUUUUUUACCUAAGAAGAGGUGGAGAAUUAGGGGAAGCUAAUGGCUGCCUGGUGUGCUCUGGUCCAUGGGGUCACAAAGAGUCGUAUACGACUAAAUGACUAUACAACAACAAUGGCUGCGGCACCCAUUGAAAACUCUAUCUGAUGUGUUUUCUCAACUAAGCGACAGUUCAUGAGGUAAUAAUUUCCUACAUGUAACGGCUAAAGAAUAGGCCAUUGAAAAUAAAUAGAUGGCAUUAUAAAAACAGCCAGGCCAGUCAAAAUAUUGGUCAGAGGCACCCUCAACAGGAAGUGUAUAAUUUUAGGAAUCGCAGCAGCAACAAAAAUCAAUGUAUUCUCACCUCUAAAUCCUCUCCAGCAUUUCAGCCAGCAAUGCACUCCUCUAGGCUUCUCCAGUCUGUCCACACCGCUGUAUCUUCCAUUUUCCUUUUCCUACUGACACCCAACAUUUCACGGCUAGUGAGUGUUGCUGAAUUAUCCCUGGGGUUUCUCCCAGAAGCAGGCUGGGACACCUCCAUCUUGUUUCCCUAUGACCCCAUUUUGAAUACAAUCCAGUUGCUGAUGAUGAUUCAGUUUAAAUCUUGCGCAUCCUCCCAAAGGAGCCCACUGGCUCCCAGAUUGGCACUCAUUCCCUGAGUUUGUUAUUAGAGGGAAUGGUAAUCUUAAUGGAGGUCAAGCACGUAGUUUAUAAAGUUCAGUAUUGUCAACCCUAAUAGGUAAUGGCCCCAUAAGAAAGCCUGGAAGGAUACCUGGGAGCCCAGAGAUUAGACACAGCAAAACAGAUAUGCACAUAGGGAUGGACUAAUCUGUCAAUAUCACUUUCUCUUGGUUCCUCAUUUAUUUUCCACUUUUAAGUUCACAUUUCUGUGAUUUUUUUUUACGCCAUCAUGAAAAUUCAUCAGCAUUUUAAGUGCUCACGUCUCUUAACACUCACUUUUGUAUGCAAUUUCCCUCAACAUAAUGCAUUUGUAUAUGCUAUUGUCACUAAUGCAUGCAUUUUGAUGCAUGCUUCCCCCUGAUGUAUGCAUUUUUGUGCACAUUAUUAGAAUGAUGCACCACAAAAUUUGAGAAGUGAGAAUUUCGAUGGAUGGCUGUGUUUCAGUUCUCGGUUUGUUUUGAAAAGGGAGGAUUUGAUAGAUUCAGCCUUCAAGGUGAACUGAACCAAAUUUCUCCCCAUCCCCAAGAGCAGAGCAUCACGUCUCGUGGGACAAACUACUGAGAGGGUUAAAGAGAUGACAAGCAUGUGGGACUAACUAGGGAUCUGGGUCACCCUUAAACAUGUGCUGAUGUAUCAAGGAAGGCACAUAGCUCACUGCUUUGGACGCAGACGCUCCUGGGUUCAAUCCUGUCCAUCGACAAAGGAUCAGGUGGCAAGUGAUGUGGAAAACCUCUGCACAAGACCCUGGAGAGCUGCUGCCAGUCAGAGUUAUGCCCUGGGCCUGUUGUUGUUCAACGUCUAUUAAAAUGGCUUGGAUGAAGGAGUUGAGGGACUACUCAUCAAAUUUGCAGAUAACACCAAACUGGGAGAGGUAGCUAAUGCUGCAGAAGACAGAAUAGGAUUCAAGAUGAACUGAACAGAUUGACAAAGCAAACAAAAUGAAUUUCAACUGGGAUAAAUGUCAGGUUCCACACUUAGGCAGGAAUAACCAGCUGCACAAAUAUAAUAUGGUAGACACCUAGCUUACCAGUAUUAUAUGGGAAAAGGAUCUAGAGGUCUUAGUAGGCCACAAGCUUAACAUGAGCCAACAGUAUGAUGCAGCAGCAAAAAAGCUAAUGCUACUCUACACUGCGUAAACAGAAAUAUAGUGUCCCAAUCAAGGGAAGUAAUAGUACCACACUAUUCUGCCUUCUUCAGAUCACACCUGGAGUGAUCUGGAAGGUGUGCAGAGGAGGGUAACAAAAAGGAUAAAGGGUCUGGAAACCAAGCUAUAUGAGGAACAGUUGAGGGAAUUUGGUAUGCUUAGCCUAGAAAAGAGACUGAGAGAAGAUAUGAUAGCCAUCUUCAAAUAUCUGAAGGGCUGUCACAUAGAGGGUGGAGUAAGCUUGUUUUCCCCUGCUCUGGAGUGUAGGACCCAACUCCAUGGCUUCAAGUUACAAGAAAGGAGAGUCCAAGUUUCAAGAAAGGAGAUUCCAUCAAGAAGAACUUUCUGACAAUAAGAGCUGCUCGGCAGUGGGACAGACUCCCUUGGAAGGUGGUGGAUUCUCUUUCAUGGGAGGUUUUUAGGCAGAGGCUGGAUGGUCAUCUGUCAUGGAUGCUUUAGCUGAGAUUCCUGCAUAGCAGAGGGGUUGGACUAGAUGACCCUCAGGACCCCUUCCAAUUCAACAAUUAUAUGAGUGUCGAUAAGACUGGGCUAAGUGGACAAAUAAUUUGACCUGGUAUAAGACAGCUUCCUAUGUCCUUAGCUACAAUUUUGUUUGCCUGUACACUGGGAAAAGUAACAACCCCUUUUUUUAUUAUACCCCUGGGAUAGCAACUUUCAAAAAUAAAAUAAAAUGGAGGUCAUCAGCAAGAAUUUCAGAAGAUGACAUUUCAAUGAGUGUGCGUCAUUUAGUAAGGGAUUAGAAACUUGUUGUUUCUUUUCCCCAUCUGCUGGCCUCCCUAGCUUCAUUCCAAAGCCUUGCCUGUAGGCUGUGAUUCACAAGGCAUGCCAGAACUUGAAGGGAGCUGAAAUUAACUGGAAAUCUCCUGACCUGAUUCUUGCUGCUCAUGUAGAUAAAAACUGGAACUUGGUUUUGAGCAUUGCUCGCUCUGGUCUGAAUAUGAGGCUGGGAUGAGGGAGGCUUGGUAUGAAAACCUUUGGAAAUGGGGACUCUGUCACCCUGCCAAUGUGAAGGGAGUGUUAAUGUCUUUUCGAGUCAAAGCCAAGAGCCCAAACACAGAAAAAAUGGUUGACCCAAUUUAAACCCAGCCAGGUGUAAUGCUCUGAGAGUUACAAACUGGCUUUUUAAAAAUAAAAUAAAAAGAAGAGUUUGGAUUUGAUAUCCCGCUUUAUCACUACCCGAAGGAGUCUCAAAGCGGUUAACAAUCUCCUUUCCCCUCCUCUCCCACAACACUCUGUGAGAUGAGUGAGGCUGAGAGACUUCAGAGAAGUGUGACUCGCCCAAGGUCACCCAGCAGCUGCAUGUGGAGGAGCAGGGAAGUGAACCCGGUUCACCAGAUUACGAGUCCACUGCUCUUAACCACAACACCACAUUGAGGGCAGCCUCUUUUUUACUGCUUUUUUAGUUCCACCCCCCCCCCUUUAGCAGCUCAGGAUGGUGUGUAUGCCUCUCCCUCCAAUUUAUACUCACAACAACCCUGUGAGGUAGAACGGGCUGAGAGAGAGUGACCGUCCCAAGAUUGUUCCGUUAGUAUCAUGUGUGAGUGGGGAUUUAACUUGGUUCACAGUGGUUCUAAGUGAGGGGUGGCUAACCUUGCACUAUCCAGAUGUGACUGGAUUACAACUUUUAUCAUCCCCGCCCAUUGGUCAGGGUCACUGGGACUGAUGGGAACUGGAGUCCAACAACACCUGAAGGACCACAGGUUAGCCACACCUGCUGGCUUAUAUGGGAUAUAUGCAAAGCUGAAGAGCCGUUUAUGAGUCUCACUUGCUUGCUAAUCGCUAUGCAUUUAUGCAGAUUGCAAGUGCUGAUGAUGUAAAAUCCAAAGGAUACCUGGGUAUUUUUUAAAAACUGCAACUUCUGCCCACCCGUCGUACCUCCAUUUGAGGAAACUGUGUGGAAAUGGUAGCCUCCCCUCCAUCAUGGAACUUGAAAAAGCAAAACAGCAAAUGUCUCCUUGAUGACUUGUCUUUAUAUCUAAGAUCUGCGAUAAGCCCGCGAGAGUCAGAAAUGUGGCAACACCCCUUACUUUCUCUAUUUUCAGCAGAGCAUGCUCUAGCCUUUAGCAGUCAGAGGCAAAAGCCUCUCAGAAUUUACUGCUUUCCAAAGUUAAGCCCAAUAUGUGAGAUUCCAGCAGGAUUAUAUGAUUUUUUCCAGCUCUGUCUUUCUAUUUGAAUGUCAGAGCAGAUGCUAAGACUGUGUGAGGUGUCAUGUUACCAACUGUAUUAUCCUUAAAGCUCCUUGGAUUCUAUUCCUUUUUCUUUCUCUUUCUUUCAUUUUCUUGCCGAGGUUUUUCUUCUUCUUCUUCUUUUUUUUACAAAAACUUUCUGUCAAAGCUGCCAAGCCUUCAGGCUCACAGAGUUGAAGAAAGAGUGAGGGAAAAGUUUACAAAAAUACCCUAAGUACAAAACAGGGUGGGGGGAAAAAAGAUUACUGAAUAAAAUUCUCUUUCACACAAACAAAGCAUUGGAGCAAACAUUCUCUGUUAGCAAAAGAGAGUUUUACAAACAGAAUCUGGAAGUGCUUCCAGGGAGCUAGAUACAUUUUUUAUAUUUAUAAAUAUUUUUAUUUCCAGUACUCUUUUUCUGAAGGUUAUUUUUCUCCCUCCACCCACAAAAACCUGAUAAAGCAUGAGAAAUAUCUGACAACCACAGGUCUGGAAAUAACAAAGAACUGUGGGCCCAGCCCUCAUCUUGUGUCAAAUCUCAUCUGAGUGAGAAGGCUUUGAUUUUCCCCCCUGCCUUUUAAAAUUUAUUUUCUUCCUCCUUGUUUCCUUUUGUGGGUUUAAUGAAGCUCUUUAGAAGCACUGUCAGUGACUGGAACUGGGUGUUUCUAAUUUAAACAAAGUGGUGUGCAGAUGAAAACCUGUUCAAAGUACUUAGCCAGCCUUUGAUACCUCCGUGCUCACUGGAGAAGGGGGCUUGGAGACUUCCCGUAGCUUUGAGAGAGGUUUGUGUUUUGCAACAAGUUUCCUCUCAGAGAACAAACAAGCCUUCCAAAGUAUAUGCAUUGAAUCCAGUUCUUUGUUAUCCCUUAUUGAUGAAAGGACUGUUGCUAUUAGGAGAGGUGCAAAAACACGACACGCAAAUCUGGCUUCUCAUAGGAAGAUAAGAAGCUGCCAGUAGGGACCAGUGUAAAGAGAGACAGCCACCCUUCUGACACCCUGAAUUUCUGCUGCUUACCUGAAGGGAGGUGGCGAGUUCAGGACUGGUGCUUCUGCAGGACAGUACAGUGGUACCUCGGGUUACAUAUGCUUCAGGUUACAUACGCUUCAGGUUACAGACUCUGCUAACCCAGAAAUAGUACCUCGGGUUAAGAACUUUGCUUCAGGAUGAGAACAGAAAUUGUGCUCCAGCGGCGCAGCGGCAGCAGGAGGCCCCAUUAGCUAAAGUGGUGCUUCAGGUUAAGAACAGUUUCAGGUUAAGAACGGACCUCCAAAACUAAUUAAAUACUUAACCCGAGGUACCACUGUACUCAGAGUGGUUUUGCUGGUGCCUCCAUACAGCCCUAGAGCCCCACCCUGCCCAACCACCAUCCAGGUAAGUUGUAGUGAUGCUGGUGUCAGGAGAGUGGCUCCGUGGCUCUACCACACCACACAUUGGCCCAUCUGGCUCAGUACUGUCUACACUGACAGGCAGAAGCUCUCCAGGGGUUCAGGUAGGGUUAUCUCCCAGCCCUACCUGGAGAUGCCAGGGAUUGAACUUGGGACCUUUUGCAUGCAGAGCUCUGCCACUGAGCUAUAGGCCUUCUGUCUAUGUCCCUGAGUUGGCUCCCAAUGCAGAGGCUGUGAUUUAUGGAUGGGGCUGAGUCCUGGCAGUUCUGAAUUAGGCUGAAUUAGAGGUGGGGUUUGUAAGACCAGAUAACAGUGGAAAGAGAAGAAUCUCUCUCACACGCUGCAAUGGUGGUGUACCUACCCCUCUUUUCUCCCAAGCUGACUGCUAGAAAAUCUGGCUGGCUUCUUAGUUUUGCAAAAUGUCUGCCACUGCUCUUGUUACCACAACCAUAGAAAGCAGGACCCAGUGGCCUGGGUUCACAGAUAAGGCUGAAACAUGGUUUGUUUAGUCACAGUGUGGCUUGUUUGAACACCAGAACUCAGGCCACCAGAGAAACCAUGGUCUGAUUUCUGGAAAAGCAGAAAAAAACAUGGUUUGUUGACUUACACUUGAAAUGACAACAUUCUCAAAAUAAGUAUAAAAUCAGUAGUUUUAAAAGCAUGACUGGUUUGUGAACAUUCCUGUGGCACCUGGUUGUCCAGAUGGAAUGCUGAGUUGGAAAGACCCAUUGCUCAGAUUUGCAUGGAGGUAAAGGGACUCUCUGUGUACUUGGCAAAUUUCAUCUACUGUUACAAGUGAGCUGGUGUGAAAUUCUAAUGCUUGUGUCUGUCAUAAAUGGGACUUCUGCACUUGUGAUAGGAGAGGUCUCUUGAUCUUGGGCUUUAGCUUUUAUGCCUCUGCAAAAUGUUAAACACGUAAGUUCUUCAUUUGCCAUAAAAGAAGCCAAGAACUUGACUUAUUCUGAGUUUUAAGCUUGUGAUUUUCAAGAUUAUUUUUUUUGGGGGGGGAGAAGGGAAUAAAAAAUGUUGUUUUAGUCCACCCCAAUGACCUAGUCUUGUAAGUCUUUAUUGGCACGUUGAUCUUAUCAGUGUUGUAACAUUACGUGAGAUCAUUGUUGGAGAGCAAGAUUGAAAGUUAAGAAAAUUAAGAAAUCAGAAACUAAAGAGUCAACCACUGGAGUUAAUCAGACAGACUUAAUCAGUAGGUUACUGGACAUAGCUAGGUGUUGGGGAGUCUGUGAUACAAUAAAAUAAGUGACUUUCAGAAUGACUGUGAUGGGGUCAGCUGCAUAGAUCCCAAACAAAAGUCAAGGGCCAUUUGGGAAUUGACACUUCAAAACUGUUAUCAGGAGAGCAGCCUCACCUUGGGGGGUGCAGGACACACAAAGCUUUGUUCCCUAACAGCUCACUGUCAAUCCACAGGAUCUGGUGCCUGAGGCAGUUGCCUCCCUCUGCCUAAUGGUAGGGCCACCCCCCCGGGGUUGACUUGCCACAUUGCACAAUAGAAGCACAUCAUAAUUCAUUAUACAAGAGUCACAUUCAGCCAUCCUUUGACACUCAUUCUCACCACUGUGGUUGGGUUUGGGCAGGGCUCUUGCAAAUGAGUUGUGGGAGGAGAUUUGGGUGAACACCCAGAACUUUCACUGAGGAAUGACAAGAGGUUGCUUGAGUUUCCUCUUUCAUCACCAUAUUGAUUUGAGAUCAUCAUUGCUUCAUGGUGCACACAGAUCAGAUAUAUGUGUUUAGCAUACUCAAACUCUGGCUUACUUUUCACCUUCCCAUGCAUGUCACAUCCCAACUCACAUGCGAGUGGCUAGCUUUAUUCUUAUUCUGUUAUCCUACUAAUGUCUACAGCCAGUUCCUGAGGGUGGGGAGGUUGACCAUUUGCUGAAGUCUCAAGACUGAGAAAGAACCCAUUGCCUGAAUAGCACUUCCGUUCGCAUUUUACAUUUCAGAGGGAAGUCACAUACAGCUGUCAGGUAGGAGCCAGGAGGGCAAGGUAGGAAUCAGAGCCAGGAAUUCAGAACCAGAGAACAAGCCAAGAGCCAGGGAGGGCAAUCAUUGACUAAGCAAUGGUCUGAAUAGGAAGCCCUUUAUACCUCUUUCUGUUGAAGAGAGUCAAUGAUCAAAGUCCAGAUGAGCAGAGACCAUUCAGGACUUGGGAACCUUUUUCUGCUUAAGCCAGACUUCCCCAAUGUGCUGUCCUUCAUAUAUUGUUGAACUAUAACUCCAAUCAACUCUGGCGUUUGGCCAUACUGGCUGGGGCUAAUGGCAGCUGUAGCUCAAAACAUCUAGUGAACAUCAGAUUGGGAAAGGCUGGCUUAAACAGUUACAGCAGCCUGCAGCUCAGGUGGUUUCUUGGAAGAGUCAGCCAGGCCAGGAUGAGAGCCAGAUUUCCUUAGGACUUUGAUGGAUCCAUGCAAACAUGGCCCCCUGCACUGUACUGCUGCCCUAUCAGUCUCCCCUCCAAUGUUAUUGCUGUUGUGCCAGGAGAUGCCACUACCAAUCCCUCAUCUUCUCCUUCUGGACCUGGAUUUGUCUCGCAGGCAGGCAGGCAGGCAGGCAGGCAGAUAAGCUGCAGUGGUGCUUUAUAAAGCAAGCCAGGCUCCAAUGCACAACUGCUGCCCAUCACCUUACUUUGCAAUGCAUGACAUCAAAGUUGAAAACCCUGAAUUUUGGGUAAUCUAAGGUGAUGGCUGUCUACCAUGCAUUGAAGCCAAAUGCUGGAUUAGCUCCCAUUCCUGAAUGCUGUAGCCCAGGCAUAGGCAAACUCUGGCCCUCCAGAUGUUUGGGACUACAAUUCCCAUCAUCAUAGACCACUGGUCCUAUUAGCUAGGGAUGAUGGGAAUUGUAGUCCCAAACAUCUGGAGGGCCGGAGUUUGCCUACGCCUGCUGUAGCCAAUUAGCAGUGCAUCUGAAUGAGGGGAGUGUUUUGUUCGGGCAGCAGUAGUGUGCAGUAGUACCAACUGAGGUCUUUUAAUCCAAGGGCAGGGACAGCAGCAAUGCUGAAUAGGAGUCCUGGUAGGUGGGUGUCAGGGGUGGAUAUGGACCCUUCCGAGUUCCAGAUCCACCACCAACCAUUACAAGUCCUGAACCAUGCCUAGAGCCAUGGGGUUCCUGGUUCUAACCUGGCAGCUUCUGAUAUUGCACUCAUGAAGCUCACAGCCAACACAGGAGAUGCUUCUGCUUACAUGCCUUGCAUCUUCCAGGUUAAGAAAACCAAUUGAAGGUGCCUUACCCAGGGUAUUCCAUCCCACCCUCGUCUUCUAAGAGCCAGCAGGGGAAGUGUCUAUGCAAAAGUUACAAAAAGGUGGAAUGCACUCAUUGAAUGGUAAUGGGAUCAUUGAAGCACAUGUGCUGGUGAUGUGGUUGGCACUCACAUUCCCAAGGUUUCUGCCUGACACACGCCUUUUGCACAUGGAAUUUGCCCCCCUCCCAACUGAAGUGGUACGUUCCCAAGAGCCACCUCAUUUGCAUGCUACCGUAGGUUUUGCAUAAAUGUCAAAUAAUGUAAACACGAUAAAGAGUAACCUACACUCACUGGUCAGGAUUGCCUCUUCUGGCUCAAACGGGCCGGACAAACGCUUUUCAAAUGCUGCUUUUGCUCAGCCCAAGAACAUGUUCAGCACAGAAACAAACACUAGGAGAUUCUGAAGAGGGUGAUCUUCAAAAGGGAUCGCAUUGUGCUCCGUGUAUUGCAUGUGAAGUGUGGAUUGCCAAGAGCUGACCUGAAGGGGGCUCUAACAUCCUCAAGAGCUGCACUACCGAGAGAAGUUCUGAAAGCACAGCAUCUUCCAUUGUGUGGCAUUCUGACAAAAGGAAGCACACCUGUCUGUCUGCAUUGCUCCCACUCUCGCUGCCAUGCAGCUGUUCAGAGCAUAGUCUUCUUUGGUUCAGGAGAUGGAAAUUGAUUCCCAAUGCCACAGAUUUUAGGUGGGGUGGGACAAAGCAGUGGUUGCGUGUUUGUGUGCAAUGGUCACCAAAUGAACCAUCCUGACUAUCUCAUGCCUCAGCUGGGGCAUCUAUCUGAUCAAGAUGGAUUGGUUUUGAUCAUCUAAAUUAAUUCAGCAGGAUUUUUUAAUUUUUUUUGGGGGGGGGUGCAGCUCAAAAGUUGUCCUGUCUCCCUCCAUUUUCUGAAGAGAGGGAGGAGGCAGUGAUGGCCACUCGCUGAAAUGCCUUUAAAAGGAUUAGACAAAUUCAUAGAGGAGAAGGCUUUCAUUGACUACUAGCCAUGAUCUCUAAGCUCUGUCUCCAUGUUCAGAUGCAGUCAUGCUUCUGAAUGCCAGUUUCUGGAAACCUCAGAAAGGGAGAGUGGGUUCUUGUGCUCAGAUCCUGCCUGCAGUUUUCCCACAGGCAUCUGGUUGGUCACUGUGGGAACAGGGUGCUGGCCUUGAUGGGCCACUGGCCUGAUCCAGCAGGCUCUUCCCAUGUUCUUAACAGCAAUAUCCUACACGGGGACAUGUGGGAUUCGGGUUACCUGGAGGGACCCCAAAUUGAGGUGUGUGGGGUUUUUUUUUUAAAAAAAGUACUCCCCCUACUUUAAGUGGGUCUGACUGGAUGUACUACCUGUGCUCCUAAGUUGCGGAAAUAUAAUAGGAAGAGAGGAAGCAAGUCAGAGGAUUGUUUCAUCUAGUUCAGUAUUGUCUCCACACUGACUGGAAGCUGCUUUCCCAGGUUUUCGAUAGAAGACAUUCUGAGCUCUACCUGGAGAUUCCAGGGAUUGAACCUGGGACCUUCUGUGUGUCCAUAAAUGCUCUGCUGCUGAGCUGCCGCCUGUCCCCUCUGCCACUGAGCAUGAUGGGAUGGUGAUGCCUCUCAACUGCCCAUCCAACAUUUCAUCAGCUCCCUUUGGCCUGAUAAUUUUUCUAGUCAAAACUGGCAAAUUCAUGCCUCUCUCUAAUGAUAAAAAGUUUAGUAAAUAAUGAUGGGUGUGGACUCUACUCCAUCUCCCUUGUUGGCUUCGGUUUAAUUCCUCAACUUCUUUCUAGCCAUAUCAGCUUUCAACAUAUAAUGGGCAUAUACUAGUUUAACUGCUUUGGUCCCCCCCCCCCCAAGAAUCCUGGGAAAUGUAGUUUGGUGAUGGAACCAGGAAUUAGUCCAAGAAGCUUAACCUCCUCCAAAGUUCUUUAGGAAGAAGGAAUGACUGGUUAAAAAGUUGAAGCCUCUGUGGGCACACACUCUCCUUCUCCCUAUUUGUCCCUUAGUUUUUCUGCCUUGCUACCUAGCUGUGGUGUCCCACUGAUCAGGGCUGGUUUAAACCAUUCAUGCCAUUCCAGUACGAAGGAAGGCUCCAGGUGCAAAAUUGUUAGGGGAGCAAAAUUUCAACACCGGUGCUGCCUCAGUACAGCUACGUGCUUCCGUCACUGGGCUUUGUUGAAAGUGGCUUCUCCAUGCGAACCAGGAAGUGACCUCUCCAGACAAUGGAACAACUCUUCUUUUCUUGUCUCUGUGGCUGUGAUCUCCUGGGUGAUGGGGACACUGUUAGGCUGUUGAAUGUGCAUGCGUACUCUGUCUGUUUCCCUGCCUCCCCACCCCUCCAUGCAGCCCUGGGCACUGGCAACCCACGCUAUGCCAUUGGUGGGGAAACCUUAGCCCAGGGGCUGAAAGUGCCCCCCAAGUCCAUUUAUUUGGCCUUUGAGACUCUUCCAUCUCUCACCAACCUUGUCCUGCACCCUCCCCAAGUGAUUUUGCUCAUCUGGAUGUGUCCAUGGACUAUGACGAUGUCUCUUGUUGGAUGGAAUGAGAGGAGCUGAGUUCCUGUGGAGAAACCCCUGAGUUUUAUUUGCCUGGAACAUAGUGCCCUCUACAAAGCUAAGUCACACCCACUUCCUCUGCCCAUCUGGUCCUGCCCACCAUGGAUGUGCGACCCAUGGAUGCUUGCUUAGGAGUGAAUGCGGCUUUCGGGUUCCCCAUCCUGGUCUAGCCCAGUAUUGUCUAAUCUGGCUAGCAGCUGCUCUCCAGAGUCUCAAGCUACGCUUCCCCCACCACUUACUCCAGGGGUCAACAACCUAAGGCCCAUGGGCCGGAAGAAGCCCACGGAGGUUGGUUGACCGGCCCAUGAGCCACCCCAGAAACCAAAUUGCCCGCUCGCAUGCUGCACUAAACUGGCGCGGCGCGGCACGGGGACUCGCUUCCAUGGCACUGGAAAUCGUGUCUGUGCAGAUGCAGUCACCUGAAAAUUGCAACUGCGCAUGCACAGAUGCCGGAAAUUGCAUCUACACAUGUGCAGACACAGAAAAUUGCAGGCGGGCGCGCUCGCACACAUGCAUGAUCCAGCCCACAGAGGGAUCUCCCCGGGACCGAUCCAGCCCAGGCAAGAUAAACCUUGCUGACCCCUGACUUACUCUAUGCUCCUUUUUAGCAGGUCAGAUCACUGGUCCAUCUAGCACAGUCCUGUCUACACACUGACCGGCAGUGGUUUUCCAGGGCUUCAAACAGGGAGUUUCCCCAGCCCUGCUAACCUCUGACCUAUCCAUCAUCUCUAGGACAGGAGUGAGAGGCCCGCUCUGAACACUUCAGCCUUUGUGGAGACAUCAAAACAUGUCCUUUGAGUCUAAGCCUCUUCUUGAUUUACUCCUUUCUUCUCAAUUUUUGUAUUAUGAAAAAAUUGCUUCCUCCGGCCCUUUCAUGAGCCCCUUUAAUAUAUGAGAAAGCACACGUCUCCCACCCCUUUAAUAAAUCAGACUCUCUUUGGUGUACUCCAUUACCUGCCUGGCUGCUCACAUUUCUUCCUCCGCCCGCCCCCUUGCCAUUAUGGCUGUUUGGAAUGCGUCAGGCGAGAGCAUCCUCAUGAUCUCUCCCAUAAAUCUUUGGGGCAAAAGCGCAAUCUUUGUGGAUGGCAGUGGUUCCAAGGUCUGGGCUACCCUAAAUUACCGGUGAAAUUUUAAUUUGCCAUCACUCCAGCUGUGCCUCAUUGUGCCGCAGAGAUUGAUGUUGACACAGCUCCCAUCUCCCAGAUCAGGAACGCGAGCAGAUCAAAGGGAUUAUGCCUUAUACAGUGAGUUAGUAACUAAAGGUUUUUUUAAAAAAACCUCUGGAAUCCAUCUUGACGACAAGCACCAUAAAAGGUCAAUUAUCCAUUCCCUUUCUCUCUCUUUGCCACUUUGAAAUUGUCUUUCAAGCUCUGCCUAGCCCAUACAUCGACAGGGCUGCCAAUCACUCAGUAUUAUACCGCUCAAUUAAAACUCUGAACAGGUAACCAGCCAGGGAACUCCAAUAAAGCCAGCCCUACCAUUAGGCAGCAUGAGAUGGCUGCCUCAGGUGGCAGAAGAUGGGAGGAUGGAAUGGGGAUGGUGAGUUAUUGGAGGGGAGAGUAUUGUGUGUGCCACAUAGUCUGCCCAGAGGUCAUAUCCAUGUUAUAUUUAAAGCACAUGGCUCAGGAAGUUAGUUUCUUAAGAGUGUUGGGAAUUAUAACUCGGGGGGGGGGGGAUAAACUACAGCUCCCAGGAUUCUUUAGGAGAGAUGUCUGGUCCUCUUUGAUAGCCAGCAGCAUUAGUCUUCUCUGUCCAGCUCUCACUUUGCCUCAACCCUGGUGCAGACUGGAUUAGCGGAGGGGUGAGAGCUCUGAGUACAGAUGGUCAUAAGUGCUUAAAUUCAUAGAAUCAGAGCUGGAAGGGACCCUCAGGAUCAUCUAGUCCAACCCCUGCAAUGCAGAACUAUGCAGUUGUCCCAUAAGGGGAUCAAACCUACAGCCUUGGCAUUAUCAGGCACCAGCUUUGAUCAUGCUUGCUUGAGCCUCAGACUUCCACCAGAUGCUAUCUUGUCCCUCUCUUUCAUGGACUCACCUUUGGGUCCACAACAGAGUAGCAGGUGAUGUAGGGCUUCCUUGAAGAUUCUCUGUGGUGUAAUGGGUCAGUGUGUCUGGCUGUUAAUCAGAAGGUUGGUGGUUUGAGCCCACCCUGGGAUAGCUGUGGGUUGGACUACAUGACCCUUGGGGUCCCUUCCAAUUCUACAAUUCUAUAAUUCUAGAAAGACUCCAGUGAACUUCAUUCCAAGGAAACAAAACUGCGGGAAAGCAUCCAUCCCUGGAGUCUCUGACUGCUUGGAGGUUGGGGUGGCAUGCAACAAUACAUGCAUAUUAAAAUGAAAUAACACUCAAAAAGGAAUAUUUUGCUGACUGCAUAAUUCACUUAAAACAAAAAGCCCCAGAAACUGUAAAAACAUGAAGCGACAGGGAUAGCAGAAACAGGCACGUAGCUUAUCCUUCACAGAAUGAGCUUCACUCUCCUUUUCCUGGGAUGUUAGCUAGGAUUUACCCCACUAUUUUUUCUUUUUUAAAAAAGAUAUACCAUCAUAUUUAGAAUAAUUGAAGUUGUCUUUUUUCUAAGUAACAUGCAGGAGCAUGUUACUUAGGAGUAUUACUUAACAUCCUAAAAUACCCAACUUCAAAGCUUUAUUAAGUUAGCUUCACAUGUCUCCACCUUUUAGGAGAUUGCACUAUGUUCUGCCGCGGGCAACUUCCUAAAGUCCUAUGACAUUCUGUUCACUUUGGAGCACAGGUGGUACAUACUCCCAAACGCCUGAAAGAUCUGUUCCUUCCCUACAGACUCUCUUGGGUGUACCAUCAGUCUCAGAAACAUGGGGUGGCCAGGAGAGGGCCUUCUCUGUGGCUGCCCCCAUGCUGUGGAACUCCCUCCCCGGCACUUUCAGUAUACAGCUUCUGGAAAAUACUGAAGACCCACCUCUUUACCCUUUACGGAAGACCCUUUACAGAGGUGUAUUUUUUUAGGACCGACCUUAUUUCUGUGAUUGUCAGUUGUUUUAAACUGUUUCUAAUUCUGUGUUUUAAUUGUUGUAAUCUACCUUAGGACCUUAGGAUGAAGAGUGGGUAAAUGAUGCUGAUGCUGAUGCUGAUGAUGAUGAUGAUUCCAUCCAUCAGACACUAUAUUGCUGCCCCAGGCAAAAUAUAGGAAGGUGCCCACCACCCCACCACAAUUCUAUGUGCAAAUGUUAACUGGACAGGUAGCUAAACUGUAUUCCACUUUGCUUGCCUCCACUGGACAUGAGAGCAUCAAAGGAGUGCAGGGCAGACUGGGCGGCAUUCUAGCUUUUCCUGCCACAAUUUCUACCCAUCUGCGGCAUUCUGCCUAAUGGUAGGGCCGGCCCUAUUCACUGCAUUAUACUCCAUCUACCUGCGCCCAAGUUCUUUCACUACCUCCUUGGGGACAGAGUAACAGGUGGAGUAAGAAACCGGGUCCCUCUGGGCAUUCUUUUGAAAGCCUGAAACUCUCCUAGAUGGAGUUUUAAGCAUUUGAGUGCAGUACUUCAAGGCUUGAAGGGACUCAGUUCUUUUUCAGAAAGAAAAGAACCUCAUGUUUGCUCAUCCCUAGAUGGGGCAUGAAAGAUGUUUAUGGCACAUCCCAGAGCUGGCCCACCCUUGACGCAGGCUGAGGUAGCUUACUUCAGGUGGCGGAAGCCUACAAGGUGGCAGAGAAGCAGUGCCGGCAGCAGCACUGGUUUGCCUUGAGAUCUUAUGAGAUCUCACCAAAAUCUCAUGCACUUCGUGAGAUCUACCUGGAACCCACUGGAACCUGCCACCAUUCAGCCCAGGUGAAGGAGACCGCUGCGGUAGCUGAGCAGCACUUUCCUGUUUUGCCUCAGGCGGCAAAAUUGGAUGUGCCAUUCCAUUACAUAUAAUCACGUGUACUGGUUUCCAAACAAAAUGGCUUGACCAUCAUGGCUUUCCACCCAAAGGCAUAAUGGGCAUUGGUUUUCUCAAGCUGCAGAAAGUGCUUUGUUAAGAGAUCACUGGCAUAGUUCAUUGGGUUUGAUGGAGGGUGGCUGAGCUGGCUGUUAAACCAGUUCAGGUAGGCAAUUGAGGCCUGCCCUUAGCGGAACAGUUCCUGGUUACUAUGUGCUUGCAAAGUCCAACAGCAGUGUGAGACCACACAUGAUUUGAGGGUAUGUUCUCAGACCCACGCUAUCCCAAUCUCAUGACACAGCUAGUGUGGGAUAAUGGAGGGAGUGUAGGACUUCGUCCUGCUUUCAAAUUUCUUUUAUUUCCUGCUUCUCAUGGGCUGACCUUGGGCAAGUGAUUGCCUCUCAGCCUAACUUACUUCUCAGGAUUGCACCAUAAGGCAAAACUGAGAUGGAAGAUUUUCUUGCCUUAUACCCUUAGGGCCUGGGUGUGAAACAAAUUACAAUAUUUAUCUUUUUUUAAAAAAAGGGUCCACCCAAGAGAUCUGAUAAAUUUGGCUGAGUUCUUCCCUUUCCAUUAGAUAUUCAGCAUGUGAAAUGGUGUUAUUUAUCUGCAUUGUAGAUUUAUUGCAGAGUGCACCAGGUUUUAUUAAUGAAAGCUGUGUGUUGACAUAGGAUUGUAAGAGUUUUUUUCCUCGAUUUACUUUCUCAGUUUGGCAGAGAGAAAAUAAUUCGCCUUUUGUCACCUAUCUGUUUUCUGGUUCAUCUGAAAAACACAAUGUUUGAAUGAUGUCCAGGUUAACUAAGCUGCAUUAGUUGGAUUGUGCAAAUAUGUCCAAAGCCCCUGUGGGAAUUUCCAAAGACUGCUAAGCAGUAAGAUGAAGAGAAGAGCAUGCAUGUUUUGGAUUAAUUGAUUUGGAAAUUAAAGGUUGUUCAAUUCCAGCAACACCCAUAACUAGAGGUGUGUGUGUAUGAAAUCUGGAGAAUUAGAUGAAUAUAAUAAUGAAUAAAGAUGUGUCUAACAUUUUCAGAUAUGUUUAGAGGUAGUGCUCCUUUUCCAGUACCUUGUCAAUUUAACCCUUCCCUUCCCAACUGUGGCCUCCUCCCAAAAAGGUGCCUUGUACUGCAAUUAGGUUUGGACAAAAGGUUUUCUUUUGGGGUCAAUGGGAGAUUGCUAUGUUUGUUUUGGGUGGGUGGGGUGAGAGGGGGAUCGGGGCAAGGAAGGGAUACCCCUGGCCAUAUUGGGAAGCCCCAAUGACUGGCUUGUGGGUCACUUGUUCACUACCUGCUAUCCAGGAAAGAAAGGAAUUCUUAGGGGAGUUUUUAGUGUUUGAUGUUUUAUUGUGUUUUUAAUAUUUUGUUGGGAGCCACCCAGAGUGGCUGGGGAAACCCAGUCAGAUGGGUGGGGUAUAAAUAAAUCAUCAUCAUCGUUACAGUAUUCCCAUCUCAUUGAUGUAAAAUUGGGACCAACAUAACAGUCACUUAGGUGACUUGUAGUGUUCCUUUCUAGCGGUGCUGUGUUAGCACACACAGGAUAAAUAAAGGAAGGCUAGAAAAAUUGGUUCAUCUCUCAGGACCAAGUUAUCUUUCUCUGGGUGGCUAAAUUUCAUAAUGUGGAGACAUGAAUUAGCAUGAUAGUAAUUUGAUUUGUCAUGAUGACUAAAUGGAGCCUCCACAUUCAAGUGCAGUGUAUCUCUGGAUAUAGUAGAUGUCGGGGACAAAUGUGCCUUACCUGCUUGUGAUCUUGUGGCUGGUCACUGUUGGAAACUGGAGACUGGGCUAGGCAGACCUUUAAUCCACAAAGCAGUUCUUAGAUUCUUACAAAGAGCAGGUAUGUGAGCUCAGGGCUCUAGGUGUGUUGUGGGAUGAACUACUGAUGUGAAACUGACCCCGUGCCUGGUGCACACCACACAGAAAGACUGGAUGCCGAGUGCACAGCAACUCCAAGAUUUGCACUAGGGCAAACAUGCCUAUUUGUGGGUCUCAUGCAUUGAAAUCCAGGUGUCCGUCAUAGAAUUGUAGAGUUGAAUCCCAAGGAUCAUGUAGUAUAGCUUCCUGCAAUGCAGGAAUCACAGCUGAAUCGCCGGGCCACACAUUAUGAUGGAGAAAUAGGGGAAGGCACAGAGAACCAUCUUCCUUCCAGAUUCCCUCUGUCACAUUUUCAUCUACCUGGACAAACCUGAUCUUUGGACAGGCAAAUUGUUCCUAGAAUCAUGCACCAGUCAAGGGACAGCCAGCCAUGCAAACACAUCUUUGCACAACUCUUAACCCUUUCUGCCUCUGCUCUCAAGGCUUGGAAGGGACAAAGUGGGCUGCGAUUCAACAGUGCCUGAGCGAGCUGGUGGAUUUCCGUCCUCCUUUCUGCUCUCACUGUCUUCCUCACCCUGCCUUGAUCAUGGCAUCGUCAAAGGGCUAGACGCAGAGCGAAUGAAUCUGUGGUCAUGUCUAAACAAAAUUUCUGCCGAGGGCGUCCUCCUCUCUGUUGCAACAUGGGCCACGUCAUCCUGUAAUUACAUGGAAAACUGUUAUUGUUGCAGUGACACACCCUGGGCUGGGCCCUGGGCUUCAAACACAUCUGGAUUUUGAAAUCUGGCUCCUUGACACCCUCCACCCCCCACAGCAAUCCACAUGAAUGUGAUGGGGGGGGAGCAUAAUCCUAACCCCCUAAAAAAACCCAAUUCAUGAGGGUAGAUAGGAAUCUGCCCAAAGCUUUAAAUCUAGAUUUGUGUGUGUGUGUUCGUCUUGGGGAUUGGGAUUGCCUGACCCAACUAGUGAGAUUAUCUAGAUGAGCUUGAUUAUCUGUGAUAGCUACUCCUAAUUGCCAGGAACCUGUAACUCAUGGGAGUUGCAGUCCAGGGGCCAAGGGCAAAAGUGAGCAUCAUCUGUUGGCUUUGAAGCUGCUGCCUAGCAGAGUACGAUUUCAUUGGUGGCUUUCUUUCCUCUCCACAGACUGAGCUCUCUCUGCAGAAAGAGCAGCUGCAGCUGAAGAUCAUUGAGCUGGAAGAUGAAGUGGACAAGUGGCAGAAAGAGAGGGACCGUAUCAAGGUGAGAUCCACACAAAAUCCUCCCGCAUCCCUCUUCUUCCCAAAACUACUCCCCCCCCCAUUGCUCUGCUCAUUUCCUUCCUCCUGCUUUUUGCACUCUAACAGAGGCCAUGUCCACACCAUGCAUUUAAAGCACUUUGAUGCCGCUUUAAACAGCCAUGGCUUCUCUCAAAGAAUUCUGGGAGCUGUAGUUUUGUUAAGGUGUGCUGAGAGUUGCUAGGAGACUCCCUCAGAAAACUCCAAUUCCCAGAGUUCCCUGUGAAGAGGAACUAAGUGUCAUUGGCCCGAUCUUGUGGGAUGCUCUCCCAAUAGAGAUUGAGCAGCGAGGUUCUGCUUCAGCUUUCAAAUGCUUGCUAAAAACAUUUCAAGUCCACCAGGCUUAUGCAGGCAAUGAAAACAGAUGCUUUCCACAAUAGCGAGAUGAUUUCUGAUAUUAUUAUUAUUAUUAUUAUUAUUAUUAUUAUUAUUAUUAUUAAAAAUAGACCAUUGUAAACUAUUCUCACACAUUUUUAUGAAUGGUGGCAUAUCAAUAUUUUAUAGCUAACUAAAUAAAUUUCAGUGAGUCUACUCUGAUUAGGACCAGCAUUAGAUACAGCUGGAGGCUUCCACCUUCUUCUGCCUUGCUCUUUUUUUUCUCCUCACUUCCAUUUCCUCCACAUAUGGUUCUCCUAAGAUGUCAUUUUGCUUCCUCCGCUCAUGUUCUCACCUCUUGCUCACUUUUCUUUUCGAGUAUCUCUUCAGGGCCAGACCAACUGCACGGGCUAGAAGUGUGUGUGUGGGGGGGGGGGGAGAAUAGGCCCAUACAUCUAACUUGGCAGAAGGCCUGGAACACACAAGCUCGUCUCACACUCCGGGGACUACCCAGCGCAUUUAAAUUCUGUGCCUUGGCUCCGCCAAAGUUGUCUGCUUAUCUCGACUGCCAGAGCUCAUCCCUGAAUAUCCGAGGGUGUUGCAAAAAUAAAAAAUCAUGUCAAGCAAUAUAUGCAAAGCCGGCUUUUUCUCUUUCCAAAUCGCAGGAGAACGCCUGAGCAUGGGAACUUCCAUUAUAUGGAUUCGCUGUGCCCCAUGUUAAUGUAAUCUUCAUUCUUUUACUACUUAUUACAUUUUUAAAAAAAUAAAUAAAUCCCUGACCCACCGCAAAGGAGCUCAGGGUGGCAUGCCUGUUUAUUUGUUGUGUAUCCUCUACCCAUUUUAUCCUUUCAACAACCUUACGAGGCAGGACAGGCAGGGAAAGUUUGUCUGGACACUCAGUGAGCUUCAUUGCUGAGUGGAGCGCUGAACCUAGUUCUGCAUCAGUUCUAAGCCAGUCUUCCCCAACUUGGAACUUCAAGAUGUUGCUACACCCACUAGUGCCCUAAAUGAUCUGAAGAGUACCAGGUUGGCAAAAGUCUGGCUUAAAAGUCUCCCCAGGUUUUCACAGGACUCCUGAUUCACAGGGAAAUGACCAGAAUGUUUUGAGUGCAGGAUUUAGCUGAGAAUCUCUGUGUGGGUGGAAACGUUCUCAGUAGAAACCGCUAACGUGGUUAGAUCAGAGGAAACCUGGGAAGCUAUCAAUUGAUGAUGAUGUCAUCUUGAAGUGCUUUGUUAUACCUCUGCCCUGCAGGUUGUACUGUGCACAAAAGCACCCUUUCAGACUUCUCCUUGUUCAGCUACUCUUAACAAUCUAGACCAGGGUGGGGAAGCUUUUCCAGUCUAAGGGCCACAUUUCCUUCUGAGUAGGCUUCUGAGGGCCACGUGCCAAUGGUGGGUGGAGCCAGAGGGAAAGUGGAUGAAGCAAUAAACAUAAAUUUGACUUUUUGUCAAGUUUCUAAUCAUACUCACAUACCCCUCUCUGUCCUCCAUCUGGACAAGCAACAGAUAUCAUCAGAGGUGAAGGAUACAUCCCGGACAGGGAAAAAACACUCAGGGUAUGAAACAAAGCCAAAGAGGGCCAGUUGGAGAGACCUUGAGGGCCACAUUUGCUCCUGCCCUGGCUUGAGGUUCCCCACCCCUGAUUGGAUGGUUUCUAUAUCGGAUUCUGCACACAAUAUAAGUCACACCUGCAAGGAUAUACUUUGCAUGAAGGUGUCUAGAAAUGUCAGUGACAUAACACUGAAAUGACCAGCCUCCACCCUCCCAUACGUUUCUAAAACAUGCACUCAGGAAAUUGAACUGGUGCAGCUUUUGCUGGGCAUCCCACAUCACACUCCCGGUGUGGGUCUGCAAUGUUCAGAGCAUCCUUGCACACAGAAAACUAGGGCAUCAGGGAGAAGGGGUUUGGUUUUGCUCUCUACCGGUGAUGGGCAUUUCAUUUUGUGACAAAUGUCAGCUCCAGCCAUGCAGAGAAAAAGCUUUGUGGUAGAUGAGUCAGCGCAUUUCCCUCCCCCUGUCUCUUCGUCUAGAACUUCACCACCAAUGAGAAAGCCACGGUGGAUCAGCAUUUCAAAGAGCUGAUCCGUGACCUGGAGAAGCAGCGGGACGAAGUGAAGGCCGGUUUGGAUCACAGGGAGAAGGUUGCCGUGGAGAACAUCAAGGAGAUUGUGGAGGAGCUGGAAGAAAGGGCCAAACUCUUGCAAGAAGACAAGGAGACCAGGGAGCAGAUAGGCCAGAUCAGUGACUCAGUGCUCUUCCUGCAGGUAUGCAAGGCUGUUUUUCCCCCCUUGCUGACUGUGGUGGCUGGUGCCUAUUGGGGCUGGUAGGGCAGAAGGCAGGGAGGCCAACACUAGGUGGAGCUAGAGCCAAUGAGCUAAUUUUGUCUCCAUCCUCCCUGCAGAGUUCCACAAGGGCAGCACUGAAACUAAGGAGGAGGAAACUGCCAUAGACAGUGCCACCCUAGAUUUAUUGUUAGAAGCUGGGCUGGUGAGAGGGAGGGCAGACUGAGGUUGGUGGGGCAAUACCCCAUUUGCCCUCAUGGGCCAGUCGCCGCUCCAAUAAAGAGGUCAGAUGGCAAAAUACCUGCAUGCUUUUAAGACUUCGCUAUAUAGCACCUUUACACUAUUGUCUGAUUUGUCUAUAGCGAGGUGGACAGCCUGUGGCCCUCUAGUUAUUAUUGGAUUCUGUCUCCUAUCAGCCCAAGCCAGCAUGGCCAAUGAUUGAAGAUGAUGGGAGUUGUAGUCAAGUAGCACCUGGGUGGAUGAAGUUUUUCCACCUUGGCCUAUAAUUUAUGCAAAUAUGUAUACAUCUCCAGACUCAGCACCUCCGCCCCCACCCCAAAGUUAAAUCAUACAAAAAGCAAACUAAACAGCUGUUCAUAGAUGUCAAUGCGUCAUUUAUUCUGUCAGCACUGGUGAAAGAGAAGGAGAGUACUGAAAUCCCAGUUCUCAGCAAAACACUGGGAAUCCUCUUUGAACUGUAAGGAGUUCACCAGAGGCUGACCACAUCCUUUCAAACGUUUCAUCUUCAUCCACUAUCCUGAGCAUCAGGGCUAUUCACUUGCUGUGUCCUUCAGAUGGGGCAACACAGUUUGAUGGGUGGGGUAUUAUUAUUAUUCCUUCAACUCCCAUCAGCCCCAGCUAGCAUGGCAAACGAAGAUCUAACUUGCAAUCCAGUGACAUUUGGAAUGCAUCUUACUGGCUACCUUUGAUAUGUUCACUGUCUUUUUAUUUCUAAUAGAGUUUUGUUCAGUAGUGUAGUGGCAAAUUCAGGAAUGCAGGGUCUGCUCCUGCUGAUCACAGCCAUACGCCUUCAGAGGCACAUGCCUUCCAUAAUGAUUCAAUAAGCUUAUAAUUAUACAGUUAGGGAUGCAUUGCCAUAAUCAAUGCAGGUCUCCAUGAGUUGCCAUUCAGCUAGAUCUACUGUUUUCUGUACAUGUACAUGGGCAAAUGUUUAGGAGCACUCUGGUAUCUUAUUCGGCAGAGACUUAAGUUGCACUUUCCAUGAAGUUCCAUUGUACAUAACAGACCCUUUGCAUCGUUUUCUUGAAAUGGAUUCACCUUGUAUUUUCAGUGUUCCUAAAUCCCUAGUUUUGGAGUAGACAGUGGCUAGAAAGCUCCUCUUUCAUGGAGAUUGAGUAGCUCUAGGACGCUGGAGACAGGGACCCUGCUGCAGAAAUAGUAAUCAGUCUUUGACCCCCCUGCAACCCUGGAUCACUACAAGACUGGUUGUAUUCUGUCUUUCUUCUAUUGAACUCAAGGUGGCAUAUCUAGGAUUUCUGAGUGGUCCAUCAAUAUUUAGACCAAUGACCAGACCUAGGCCUGCUUAGCUUCAGCUCAGCGGCUUUGUCCAGACCAAACCCUGAUCCUCCUCUGUACGCCACUUCUGUUUAUCGCUAUUAUUCCUGGCAGGAAUUUGGAGCAAUGAUGAGGAGCUACACCAUUCCACCAUCCCUGCCAACAUACAGCAUCCUGCUGGAGGGAGAGAACAUGAGCCCGUCUAUGGGGAUACUGAGAGAUGACCUCCUGAACGUGUGCAUGAGACAUGUUGAGAAGAUCUGCAAGGCAGACCUCAGCAGGAACUUCAUCGAGAGGAACCACAUGGAGAACGGUAAGGGGAACUUAUUCCACUUGGCCUUUUAAUUCAGUUUAGAAGCGGUUCAAGGUGCUGCCUCCCCUUGAGGAAGGCCCCUAUCCUGUCUGUUUCUGAGAUUACAGUGCCAUCUCCUAUACGCACCUUUACUGAGAACAUUUCUUUGUAUUCAUUGGGCUUACUUCUGAGUAGACAUGCACAAGAUUGCACUGAGAAGUUAUUCACUGCCUUUGGUCUUUUAUCAUUUGAAGUUAACUUGGAGCUCAAACUUGCAAAAACAAUUGUAGAACUUUUCCUCUUUAUUUGCCCAGAGCAAAGGCAUCCUUCCUGUACACUUUUUUAUUUUUCAAAAAAGUCUUUAUUAUUUCACCCUUCAAUACAAAGAUUCCUCAACCAGCUCAAAAUACAAUAUUUUUUAAAAACCACCAAUAAUAUUAUCCAAACCAAAACUAAUGAUAAAAGUUCUGUAGAUGAAAUGUAGGUGAGGCUGCAUAAAAGCAGAGCUUAAACCACAGUUCUAAGAGGCCUGGGAUUUUAUUUUAUUUUUUAAGUUAUCUCACCUAGUGACAAAUGGAAUUUAUUUAUUUAUCUAUCUAUCUAUCCAGUCAUUCUUUCAUUCUUAUAUCUCACCCUUCCUCCAAUCUGGAGCUCAGGGUGGCAAACAACCAAUAGAGAAGCAAUUAUGCAAAAUAAGACAUCAUGUAAACCACAAAGUUGCAGCAGCAGCAAUUCAACAGCAAAUAACAUCAGUAAAAGCUUCACCAGAAAAUGGUUUGCCUCAUUAUACAAAUGCCUGGCCGGUGUAAAAAUAUUUACAGCCUCCCUGUAAAAACAGCAUUGCUUACCUUUACCCCUCCAUCUUAAGACACAGGAUGCCUUAAGUGAACAGCUGAGACUUCAAAGUGCAAUACUUAAUAAAUCAUGCAUCAAUUUAGCUAAUCAGUAACGGUGGAGCAAUAAAAAUGCAACAAAUACAGCAGAAUAAUCACAUCCAAUAAAUGGAAUGUAGUGAUUUCACUUGGCUAUUAUGGCUAAUAGCCACCAAUAAAUUUCACCUUCAUGAGUUUGUCUAAGCCAAGAGUGGGGUACCUGGGGCCUUCCAGGUGUUGAUGGACCCCAACUCCCAUCAGCCCCAGUCAGCAUGGCCAAUAAUCAGGGAUGAUGGGAAUUGAAGUCCAAAAACAUCUGGUUGGCCGCAUGUAGGAAUGAAAGAAUCUACCAAUUUCAGUUUCUCUCGUUUUCUUGUUUUCACCUGUCUUAUGUUCGAUUUGCCCCACUUCUACAUCAGUUUGCAUUUUUUUUAAAAAAUCUACAUGAACAUUUUUUAUAUAUUUUGUGCACACACAUCCCAACACACACAGUCCUGCACAUUCCUUUUGCCUAGUGUAUACAUUUCUGCAAGUUAUCCCUCUAACAUAACACAUUCCGGUGCAUUACUUCCAUUAAUAUAUAUACUGUUGUGCACACUUUCCACUAACACAUGCAGCUCUGGGUUGACGAAGUAUAUCGCAUAAUUCAGAGCAGUGCAAUUUUGAAGGACAGCUGUGCUUAGGUUUUCGUGUUGGUUCAGGAUCAUGCGGAUCAGCAUUAAAGUGUAAACUGAUAAAAAUCUUUUUCCCAACCCAACACUCAGUUUCCCUGGCACACACACCCCCAACACUACACCCCUGAGUGGUUAGAGUGUUGGACUAAAACCUGGGAGAACUGAGUUCAAAUCCCCACUCAACCAUGAAGCUUACUGUGUGACCUUGGACCAGUCACUGCUUCUGAGCUUGACCUACCUCACAUGGAUAUGUAGGACAUGUUGAAUUUUUCAACUUUCAAAUUCCAAAAAUGAGGUGUGCUAAAAAGUUGUGACAUGACUUGGGAAUUUGGAAUAUAUUUUGCUUAAAUUAAUAUUGUUUAAUUUUGCUUGCUAAGUAAAAAGUGUGGAGAAUUGCAUAGAAAUCAUUAAAAAUGAUUGCCAAGUACUUGUAGUUUUAUUAAUUAUUUUUAUUUAGCAUUACCUGACAAAAUUUUAAAAAAGGUAAAAUUAAAAUUAUUUGGUUUUCAAAAACUAAUUUAUGUGCUUCUUCAUCAAAGGUAGACUUGCCAAGCUAAAUGUUGUCCAGUCACAAAAACAAUAGAUUUGAAUUCCUCAAAACAUUGCCCCAAAACAUAUUGUUAAGACCCCUCACUGAUUCCACCCCCCCAAAAAAAAUUAAGUUUCACCUACUAAAAUGGCACUUCUCACAUGUGGCAGAAAUUAAGCAAGAAGUGGGAGAACAGUGUACACCCCCUUGAGGUUCUUAGAGCAGAAGGUGGGAUAUAAAUUAAUUAAAUAAAUAAAUGGACAAUGCGGUGACCAUCAAUACAUAGAUCUUCAAUUAAACAUAUAAAUUAAUAUAAGCACCCAAGAUUUCCAAAUAGGUAACCACAUGAAAUUGACACCUGCAUGAAAUAUGUUUGCAAGUAGCCAGGUCUGUGAGAUCCUCAGACCAUAGAGGGUGGGGAUAUAUCCUCAAAGUAUAAUUCUCCUAUCCAACACAAGGGCUGAUAAGGGGCUCAUGAAGCACAAAGUUGUUUUGCUCUGUAAAUGACUUGCUUCCCUUUGUCAAAACCGAACUGACUGCCAAUUCAUUUCAUCCAAAAUUAUCCUUUACAGCACAAAAGGGAAAUCGUCCAUUCAGAUGUCAGUGUUAAAACAUCCAUGGCAUUUUGUUUUGGCUGCAGUUACAUUCUUUCCCUGCUGAUGCUGUGAAACUGUGCUGUGCAACACAGUAGUUCUUAAUCAUUGCUUAUAAUUCAUGUAAUUUCUGGCCCCAUGAAAACUGCUGACAGUUGCGAGAUGUAUUACCCACUUUUUUUAAAAAAAAACCCAACCCAAUAAUGUAGGGAAUAUAAGGCCUUAAUCUGUUUCAUGUCUCAGAUACAUAUCUGUAAAAUGGAGAGAAUAUUUCUCCACAUCACGAGGAGUUGAGAAACCAAAAAUAUGAAUUAACUCUUGGCAGCUCCCAGUCCUGAGAACCAGAUAGAUGCCUAGAUAGAUCAUCACUGGGCCUCCAGACACAAUCUACUUUGCCCAGGGCAGAGGGGCUGGCAUUUAUGUGAGAGUAAUGACUCUCACCACCUUUCCGUUUGCGUUGGGAAGAUGAGGAGUCAGAGAAAGGCUUCUAUCGCAGGGAAAGGUCUUUGAUGUGGCUCUUGAUGAAGGUUGCUAUGGAAACCCCAGAUCUUUAUCAUUUCAUUAAGAUCUGUAUCAAACAUGCCUCUGUUUGUUCCUUGGCAAAGGGUCUUACAAAUCUCUCUAGGCUUCAAACACAUCUAACGUGCCAGAGACAUGCUGAAACACUCUGGUGCAAUAAUAAGAUACAAGGAAGCAGAUCAAACAUAGAACUGGGCUGAGUGCAGUCAUGGGUACAAUCUAAUCUAGCUUCCUGAGCCAGCAUUUUAAAAUACCCCCAAUUUAAAACUGAAGAUCAAGAAGGGUGCUAGAAAGGGAAGGAGGCGUAUUUGGGCAGCAUGUGUAUCAGGAACAACAAACCUGUGGCUUUCUGGAUACUGAGGGUCUCCAGCUUCCAUCAAGGUCAAUGAUCAGAGACUUGGGAGCUGUAGUCCAACAAGCAACUGCUGCAUGGCCAUGCAUUAGUUUUCAGGACAGAUCCCACACAAAUCAGCAAAAGGCCAAAGGGGAUCUUGAACCGUAAGGAAGUAUUAAGCCUCUGGAAUCAGUAGCAGAAUAAAGGCCUGCACUGAAGGGACCUUUUGUAGUUGUGUAGGAAGGGAAUUUCAUAACUGUGGGGCCACCACUGACAAGGUCCUGUGCUUGUGAACUUAGUAGACUGUACUUGUGGGCCUCUGCAGCUGAUUUUAAAAUAUGGGGUGCAGCUCAUCUGAGUGAAGGUGGUCCUUGAGUUAAGCCAGCCCCCAAAUGUUUAGGACUUUUAAGUAGGAACUAGGAACCUGUGGCCCUACAGAUGUUGUGGAACUACAACUCCAUGAUCCCUGACAAGGGCUGAAGUCCAACAGCAUCUGUAGGGCCACAGGUUCAACACCCCGGUGGACAACCCUAAUGGGUUUAUUUUAUGCUCUGUCAAGAGGAAAGAGCAGCCUAUGACCCCAGGGAGCUUGUUGUACCACCCACAAUAACUUCAUCCCAAAUCCACAGGAGCCAAUAUUCACACAGCCUCACCUUUCCUGUCUGUAAAAUGGUGACAAGAUUACUGGCCUGCCUUAUAAGGCUGCUGCAGCAGUUGAUGAGAUAAUGUGGUCAAAGCACUGGAAAUUUUUUUUUAACCCACCCCAUAAUUAUAUUAUUAGUACCAGGGACAAACUAAUAUAUGAGACAUAAGUUCCAUUUAUGAAUUUUCCAUUGCCACUGUGGAUAAGUAUAUCUAUAGUGCUAUUCAUGUGCAUGGAUCUUUGCAACACAUAGUAGUUGCACUUUUAGUUGACCCAUUGAAAUGGAUGUACUUAUGCUGAUCAUGUAUUUUAUUCUGUGAACCACCCUGAGAUAUUAUGAUGAAUGGCAAUAUAUAAAUCUAAUAAAGAAAUAAAUAAAAUAAAUCAUUUCUAUUAACUUCAGUGGGUCUACUCUGAGUAGGCCUAGGACUGUCUAUAACCCUAUGGUUUGUUUUUGGUUGUUGUUGUUUUACUCAAAGCAGUAUUGAGGUGCCCCAGUGUGUUCCCCCAUCACAAACCAUUUCCAUUUCCACUGACUGUAGAAGAGGAAAGCAUACUGAUGAUUCCCCCUCUGCAAUUAAUAGUAGCUUUGGAAAGUGAGAAAUUUAUGUCAGGAAAAUGAACCCAGUUUGGAUCAAGGCAUGAUGAGUGGCUUUUAUAAAAAAGGAAAAGAAUUUGGAAGCUGUAUUCAGGGAUCUCCCACAUCACAUUAAGCUUAGACUUUAUUAGACCAAACAUAUCUCCUGAUGUUGCUUCUUAGUGAAGGUUAUGGAAAUUGCCGUUCUUUUUGGAUGGAUGUAGAGCCUUCUGCAUCAAGAGAAUUUAUACUUUCCAAAUAAAUUACCAGGAUUAUUUUUUCUUUCCCUGAUGGCAAAGUAUUCAGAGACUUGGGCCACAUCCCUAAAACCACCACCACAACAAAAAUAAUCCCCUUUUGACUGUGCCUCAGGAUGAGGGAGAAAAGGGAUUCAGUUUGCAUUUAAAAGUGAACACACUUUCUGAAGCAAUGCAUGAACCAAAACACACCCAUCCUUUGAAAUUCACACUUCUCUGAAUUUUGCAACGUAAUUCUCCACUCAAGUAAUAUGUACAAAAAUACAUACAGUGGUACCUCUGGUUACAGAUUUAAUUUGUUUCGGGGUGCCGUGUGCACCCCAAAAAAUCUGUAGCUAGAGGCGCCACUUCUGCACACGUGCGCAGUGCGACAGAGCACUUCUAUGCAUGCGCACGUCAUGCAGAGCACUUCUGCGCAUGUGUGAGUGGCAAAACCCAGAAGUAUACACUUCCAGGUUUGCCAUGGCCAUAACCCGAAGAUUCUGUAACCUGGAGGUUACGCAACACGAGGUACCACUGUAUACUGGAGUAAAAUGUGCAUAGGAAUGCAUAUAUUUGUGGAAAUGUCAUCCAACGCUCCCACCAUCAUAUUAAGGAAAAUUGCUUUGCAAAAUUGCCUAUAUUAAAGGGGAAAGGCAUACAAAAAUAUGUAUAUUGAGAUAAAUUUACACUAAAAUGCUGGUGAAUGUUCACGAGGGCCUUUUUUUUCUAAUGGCAAACUCUGGAGAAUUUAACUUAGGGUUGGAAAAGAGAAUUCAAAAUGGACAGAAUCACUCAUCCCUAAUUGACCCUUCACAUAAUAAAACCAAAUCUGAAAGGUACUAAAGUAGAAGGGUUUCUUUUUAAGAAGUCAUGUGUCCAGUUUAGGAGAGAAGGGUUGCAUCAUCCACUGCCAUCCACCUACACACACCCAAGACAAAACUCUGUUUGCUCCACCUACUUCUGUUCUACAAAAGAAAGGGGAACUUUAGCACCUGGUUCUGUAAGUGGUGUCUCAUUCAGAGAUGCUACAAUGCAAUUUUCACAGCUGGCCAAGUCUCUGGGGAGUUGCAAAGAGUGCAGAUAAGUGGAUGCCUCCUCCAGCAAGGGUUGGAAUAGCAGAGAGAAGGCAGAAGGAAGGGAACUCUGCUGGGAUUGAUAAUAGAUGUUAGUAGGUGGUUGUAAAGUACAGGUUAGGUCACAAAAUGCCAGCUUCUGUGAAAUACGGUUUCCUCCUGAUCAGUGGGAUUUCUGCAUGGGGACACUCAUUAGAUCACACAGGGCACAAUCAGAUGACUUCUGAGUUUGAACCAUUGAUGCUUCCCAGUGACAGAUGCCUCAAUGACAGCCUAGAAGAAAGACCUGAGUUUCCCUUCAGACUCAGCUUUGUACAUCCUCUUUAGCCAUUUCUGCAUAGUUUUGGCUAAGCCAAGAGAAUGGCUUUUCUUUUUUGAGUCUGAAUGCCACAUUCCUUGGUGGGCAACCUUCUCAAGGACUGCAGACCCUUACCCUUGUAUGACAGGUGAUAUUUGAGUUUGUUGGUGUUUAAACCUGAGCCUGCCUAAUUUUCAGUUUCUAAAUCAACCUGUUUGUCAAAAUGAAGCUUUGAAAUGUGGGGAUUUUGCAGUUCAGUUCUCCAACUUCACAAUGCACUAGAUUAAGCAGCUGCAUCAAAACAAACUUAUUAGUGAAAAUAACCAACAAAGAUGCAUUUGAGUAGGGGAAAAUGCUUGGGGAAAAUGGGCACAUGAGUCAGAUUGGCAUAUAUAAAUGCACUUUUUAUAAAGUCAUACUAAGAGGCUGGUGAAUUUUCAUGAGGAUUUUGCUGCAGAAUAACCACAAAUUUCUGCAGGAAUGUGGAGGACUGAAUUUAAGGCUGAAAAAAUAAGAAAGUGAAAGAACCAAAACUGACAUAUCCUUCUACCCUGACACACACAAACUUACACUUCUUGAUCCUCCGUCCAGGCAAGCAAGAGGAAUUAUGACAAUUCAAAGGCACAUUUUAGCCAGGCAAAAUAACUCAAGGAGGUUGAGGGUCCUGGCUCCUGACUUAAGGAUCCCCAGCUCUCUCAAGAGCCAAUAACCAACCACAACCUUUGCUCCAUGUGCCGGGUACAUGCAACUCAGCCCUUGAUCCUGCUGUCAUCAAGUAGCAAACAUCUAAAUGUGUAUCACAAUCGCAAAAAGAACUUUGUGUACCUGAUAAGUCUUCUGGGGUUCAGCUUAUCAGUCUAGACCCAGGGAGCUACUCCUUGUUUCUUUGCUUUUCCUUCUUGUCUUAUGGUUUUUAUCCCCCCCCCCCCAUUUCUGCUAUGAACUUUCAGGCGAUCACCGUUUCAUGAUGAACAACUACUCUGACUGGAACCAGCCAGACAGCAUGAAGAGGUUCUCCAUGUUCCUGAAUCCAAAAGGUAUGAAGCAGAGGGUAGCCAAAACUACCUGCCUGGUUACCAGUUUUGUUGGUGUGAGUGUUGUGAACUGAUACAGCUUUAUAUAUCAACCGUCCCAAAUCUCCAGAUCUUGAUGGACCACAACCCUCAUCAGCCCCAACCAGCAUAGUCAAUGGUCAGGGGAAUGAUGGAAGUUGGAGUCCUCCAACACCUAGGAAACACAAGCUUAGAGAAGGCUGUUUUAUACUCAUGGAAGGAUCUGUGUUGUUUCAACGUUCAGCACCCUUCCCCGCCUUGCCAUGUACUUUUUCUCAAGGCCAUUUUCUUUCCUCUCCUGUGCCCCCCUGGCUUCAUUUGCCCUUAGUGCCAUUUCAUCUGAUUUGUUGACUGGCAACUAAUGAUUUUUCAUGGAAUGCUAGAGUUUUUGGAGUCCUUUGGAGGCCAUCUAGUCUAAUUUCACUGUGCGGUGCAGGAAAUCCAGAGAUCAGGACUAUCCUCAGCAACAGGUAGCUGACCACCCUCCGCUCAAAAAACCUCCAGUGAGGGAGAGCCAGGUCAUUGCCUCUAUUGUUAAAUUGCUCUUAACAGCAGGAGGGUUCUAGUAUUGUUCAACCAAAACCUACCCUCCUGUAAGUUAAUCCCAUUACAUUCAAUCCUGCUCUAUGUAACAGUGGAGAACAAGCCACUGGAAUUAGUGAAUAAUUCCCAGCAGGUAGUAUAAAUUCAUUCUUUUGAUUUACCCCUGUGUAUUUUACUUUGAACAUUUCACAGUAGUAGAGAACCAAGCGAGACUUAAAUGUCCUCUUCCUAACCCGUUUGGAGGCCUAGAUGGCAUAUAGAGAUGAUAAAUAAAGAAAACCAUUUCUUUUGAGGCUAUUUCGAACUUCUGAUGGCUCUCGAGCAAAGAGCAGCUUAACCUGCUCCACAUCUCUCUUCCAAAGCCAGAGUCCCGACAUCCCCAAGACAAUCAGUCUGAGAGAUGGAGCAUGAGUGAGUAAAUGAAUGUAACUAAUGGCUACUCAGGGAGAGCUUUGGGUCAUUUGGCUCAAAAGCUCCUUUGGUGCACUAAGGAGAAGGAUGGACAGUUUCAUUCACAGGCUGAACUCUUUCCCCUGCUAAGACUGGGUACAUUAUUUCUGAUUCUAAAUCUGCUGAUUGGAUUGUUUUUAAGAUGGCAACACUGGACAGAUCCUACUGGUGAGGGGGAAAUGUUGUGAACCUGCUGCAUUCCCUCUUCUCCAACCAAUAACCAAACCAAUAAGCAAAAGUUUGAAAAUGUUAGAGGGAGGUUUGCAUAAAGCGCCUAUAUUAGUGAAAAUAGCAUACAAAAAAAUGUAGGUGCACAUUAGGGGAGAUUGUGUGUGAACUAAAAUGAUGGUGAAAAUUGAGGACUCCCCCCCCAAAAAAAAGAAAUAAGUGCAGUGAUGCAGAAAUUGUGCCAAACUGAACUGAAGACUGAAACUGAAAUAGAUAAGUCCACCCCUAGCGAAUCCUCAGUCAUCUAAUUUGUUUUCACACCAACUAAUUACUUAACUGAAUUCUCUCAUCUAGGAGGAAACUACAACACCAGAGCCUGGGAAUUUUCUGCCUUGCAGACUGCAGAGGAGUCCAUUACAGCAGGGAACUCUGCUUACUCCCUGAAAGGUACUACUCUUCACACCUUCAAUGCUGCCGCUGGUGGUGCACCACUCCACCUUACCCUGUCAAUUCCCUUUUACAGAGUUGCUAUCUUUUCAUUCACCUCUGGGGCCAUAGCAGCUUAGCAGGAGAGCAUCUGCUUUGCAAGCUGAUGGUCCCGGGUCCAACCCCUCAGUGCUUUCAUUUAAAAAGAAAAAGCAUGAGCUAGCAGGACCUCCCAAAAACCACUGCUGCCCAAUGCUGGUGAUUUAGAGCCCCUGAGAGGGCUGAGAAAGUCUGGCAGGCAGUGUGGAGUAGAAAGUCAGAAUGGGUUCUUUAGUUAGAAUCCUGAAAAUUAGGACAGUCAGGGGUAGUAGACCUUUGAGGACCUCAGGCAGAACCCAACGAGCAGAGGAGUUGUUCCAACAAGAGCACUGACUCAACUGAGCCCUUUGAUGCUCCCUAGGCAUGACAGCUCAUCUCAGGCUCCACCCUCCUGCUGAAGAAUGCAAAUCCUUAAAGGGCCUGGAGCACAGCACACCCUCACCUGCCCAUGACCUUGAGCUAGACACUCUGCAUGUGUUAGCAAGCAGACCCAUCGGAAUGCAAGGACUUUAGGGAUGAAAAUGCACAUCCCCAGAAUGAAUCAGGCUUGGGGCUGAUAUUCUCUACAGGUCUAGAUUUAGAGGUCUUGGGUCCAGGAGUCUUGGGCUUGUGGGAAGGAUCUCUGGUUGCUCAGCUAAGGCUCAAUGUCUCCGUGGUCAGUGCCAUUAGGUUUUCACCAUUUGUACCUGUGUCUAGGUCAGAGCUGGACUUUGGAUCAUUAGAGUAGACCGGCCUUCCCCAGCCUAGUGACCCAAAGCUGUUUUAGACUCCAACUCCCAUCAGCUGCAGGCAGCAUUUCCAGUGGUCAGGUAUGAUGGGAGUUGUAGUUCAGUUAUCUGAAGGUCCCAUAGUUGGGGGAGGCUGGAGAAAAUAGUCUUGGUCAUGCUCUUUCUCCAGCUAUCCACUGGAAAAGAAUGGAUACAUUCUCUUAUAAUACCGGAACUUGGGAUCAUAGAAUUGUAGAGUUGGAAGGGUCCAUGAGUGUCAUCUAGUCCAACCCCCUGCAAUGCAGGAAUCCUCUGCCCAACGUUGGGCUCAAACCGUGACCCUGAGGUUAAGAAUCUCAUGCUCUGCUGACUGUGCUAUCUCCAUCAUCCUACAAAGAUGUCUAUUGGAAGAUUCAUGACAAAAAAAAAAAAAGGAAGUACUAAGUAUUUCUUCACACAGCACAUAGUUAAACUAUGAGGUUCACUCCCACAUGGUGUAGUAAUGGUGGCUAUAAUGGCAGUUUAGACAAAUUCAUGGAAGAGUAGGCUAUCAAUGGCUACUAGCUACACCAACUAUGUUCUACAUCCGCUAUCAGAUGCAAUAGGCCUCUGAAUACCAGUUCCUGAUACUCACAAGUGGGGAGAGUGCUGCUGUACUAAGGUCUUUCUUGAAGGCUUCUCAUGGGCAUCAGGUUGGGCACUGUGAUAAGGAGAUGCUGGACUAGUUGGGCCUUUUGGACUGAUCCAGCAAGAUUCUACUUACGUUCUAAGAUGAAGCAAUGAUCUGACACAGUAUAAAGCUGCAUCAUUAACCCUCAGAAUAUGAGCUAUGGAAAAGUUUCUUGCACAGAUGUAAGAUGAAAGGAUCCAUUCACUUCUCUGUGUUGGUCUCCCAUUGGCGCCCCCUACUUCUCCUCCCAUCCCAAAGUUGCGACUUAAUUUGGGGACCAACUCUUAUUUUUUUUACACAAUCACUCUGUCCGUUACGUGUUCCGGUAUAUACCAGUAUUCAUUAUUUAUUGGGAACAAGGCAGUUUAUGAAGACAACAUGCCUCCUCUCUCCUCAUUUCUCUUGUUUCCCCAUGUCAGUGUAGCAUGGUUCAGAAAUUGAACAUGCAUGGAGAAGGGAGCAGAAUUCUGCUCAUUUACUCCAUACACACCUCCAGGGCCAUAUUUAAGUGCAUAUAAGCUGUACACACAUAGGUUCUGUCUGCACUUCUGGGGAUCUACUCAAAGGUCCCACAGUCUUGUAGAUGGAGCCUGCCCAUGUACAGUUUGUACAGAUAUUGACUCUCUCAGUUAUCAGAGGGCCUUCUCGGUAGUGGCCCCCUCCCUGUGGAACACUCUCCCAUCAGAUGUCAAGGAGACAAAGAGCUACAGAACUUUUAGAAGACAUCUGAAGGCAGCCCUGUAUCAGGAAGCUUUUAAUGUUUGACAUUUAAUUAUGUUUUUAUAUGUGCUGAAAGCCACCCAGAGUUGCGGGGCAACGCAGCCAGAUGAACAGGGUUUAAAUAAUAAAAUCAUUGUUAUUUAUCAUGUCAGUUAUAUGUUGGAGUCAGUGAGUGGCCCCCAGUGGGAAGCAGCUGACCUGACCUCCCUGCGGUUGAGUUGCUGCUGCAUACCGGGAUGGAAAUAGGGAGGGACAAGGUGGCAGUGAGGUUGGCAGGCUGGAAACAAGCCAGUCGAGCCAAUCUGGUGCUCUUGCUGGUGAAUUUGUACCAUGCCGACCCCUUCCUUACCUCCCUCCCAGUAUGCAGCAGUGACUCAGUGGGAGGAAGGUCAAGCAAGCAAUGCAAUGCCCUGUGCCAUUCACUACAGCAAUUGUUCACAAACUCGCUCCCUGCUUCAGGCCCAUUCAGAUGAACCUGUAAAUACUGGUGGGAGCAUCUCUUGGUGAGUGCACACUGCAGUUUGUUACGGCUCUGUGCAAGCAGCUACACCGAAUCCCUGCAUCACCAUUUAGCAAACAUUACACGAAACAACACCGGGAGGUGGCAAAGACAAAUUACCACAAAGGAUCCUUCCAGGGCAUUGUAAACCAGACCUUAUUGUGUGAACGCAUCCAUAAAUACAAGUCAGUGAGUCCCAGAGCAGGAUACGCAGAGAGUGCAAGAUGGAGAGGCCCUGUUCCAGCAAAGCCUUAUGCACAGCUCUGCACAGGGUAAAAAUUCAAAUUGAGAAGGAUUUUUUACAGGAAUGUGCAAGCUAAUUAUGGUAAUGCCAGAAAUUAAAGCUAACACUCAAUUAAAGAAAUCUUAGCCAAGUACACACAUGUUUUACUCAAUUAAUUGAUAAAUAAUUGACAACAAGUGGAUAUAUUUGCAUAUGGAUAAAAAGAAUAGUUCUGAGGAAGAAGCAUCCAUACCCACUUUUUAAAUGAAUCACGGAUAUGUCGGUAUGUCAGUACAGGGAUCAUCUCUGAAGUUUUCUUUCCUUUGAAAGAGAGAAGAUGGGAGGUGCUUCUUUUAAAACAGUGCUUGUCUUCAGUUUUUAAAACUAUUAUCACCACCAUCAUCUGCUGGACAAUUUAUCAGAGACACCUCUUUAGUUGUUAAAACAGUUUUUGAAAAGCAAUUAACCUAACUGAUUAAUCAAUUAAAUAUUGUACUUCUAGUGGCAGAAAUCUUUGCAGGAUGAGGUCCAGGACCCAUGUAUUCUGCAUCACUGGAAAAUUUGAGGAGAACUUGGCAUCAAGGUUCAUGCCAGUGAACGCCACAGAAAUUUGUUUCUUAUCCAUUGUUUCUUGAUUCCAGUGGAGUUCUUCUUGCUCUCAAUCCUGCUUUUAUUGAAGAAGCGACACCCAAAUUGUGGGCUAUAUGCUCCCCCACCACUUCUUAACUCAAAGAAGUGUGUGCCUCCUACUUAGUUACUCCUGCAUUGGAGCAGAUUCAUCCUGUCUUUGUGCCUAUGGUAGGGACUAUUGCUGAUUCCGCGAUCUGCAGUCCUGGCGCAGAGGCUCACAGGAUCUGGCCAAAAUGUGCAGAGAUUUGUGGAGAGAAGCAUUUUCUACUCCACCUCAAUGUAAUGUUGCUUCUUCUAUUUUCCAGUGGGCAAUGGGACCAAGAUGCCUUAUCAGUUCCCCCCAAUUGGCCAGAGUUCACCGGGAGAUUUCAGCAAGCAGUCCGACGGGAGCCUCUAUACCAAGAAUGGUACUUUCAGGGCUUCUAUGAGUUCUUCCCCCUCUACUUUCAUCCUCUCUUUCUGUCUUUUCUCUGGGGAGAUAUUCAUUCCAAAUGCCCCAGUCUGACCUGGCUGCAUUGGAAUUGCUGUGCUUUUCAGUCUUAUGUUUAAACAAGGUGUCCCUCUAACUCUGGAAUGCACCCAGCGGCAUGCAAGGGAGGUUCUUCCGGGAAUAAUAACCACAGAUGCCUUGUGUCUCCUCCAGCUUACCCUUCCAUUGUGAGGCACCAAGCCACUAAGGUGCAACCUCAGACAUGGAAGUCCUCCAAGCAGAGCAUGCUGGUAAGUCAUUAGAACUGAGCUUUUCACACCUUCCACCCAAAAGGCCUUCUGGGCUGCAACCCUAACCCUACUUACCUGAAAGUAAGCUCUGUUUAACUGAGUGGGAUUAAGAGCAUAAGAACAUCUGUUAGGGAGUCUUUAAUCAUAAUUCCUGAAUUGCAGCGGGUUGGACUACAUGACCUCUGCGGUCCCUUCCAACUCUACAAUGCUAUGUUUCCAUAAGAAGAGUCCUGCUGGAUGAAGCCAAAGGCUUAUCUGCAGUUGGGCAUCCUGUUCAUACAGUGGCCAACCAAAUGCUCUAAUGGGAAGCCCACGAGCACAACCACACUCUUCUCACUUGUGAUUCCCACCAACUGGUAUUCAAAGUCAUACUGCCUUCAACAAUGGAGACAAAAUACAUGCAUAGGUUGCACUGUAAAUCGAGGACAGGGGUAGAAGAACUCCCCCUGUCCAUUUACUAUUAUUUACAGAAUUUCCAUGUCACCUUUUCCCAACAUGAAAUCUCCUAAGAAAGUCACAGUAUGACAACCACCUUCAUCAACCAUCAGAAAGUGUUGUUGUUGUUGUUAUAGCUCUAAAAAAUGCAACUGUUCCCAAAACAAUACACAGAUAAAUGGUCAAGAACAGAGACAAAUGUGCUAGUUGUCCUAGCUUUUGAAAGGAGUAAGCAAUUAUUCACCUACAUCUGAGAGGAUGACAGGGAUGGAGCCAUGAAGGUCUCUGGUGGGAGGGCAUCCCAAAAUUCUGGAGCUAACUGCAGCCUUACAUUGGCUGACCAGGCAUGAAAUAUGGGACUCUCCACCUCUCUGGAGGAGCUAGCUGGCUGGUUAAAUGGCCCUCAUUCUAUUUUGUAGAUGUUGGCUUCCGCAAGGGAGUGACAGGUCUGUGUCCUCUGGUCAGGAGGGUUCUGAAUAAGCUACUGGUGCUUACCCACCAAGAAAGUAUCCUGAACUUCAUCUGAGUCCUCAGCUGUGCACUGCAAAGCCCUCAAGUCAUGGAUUUCCCAAAGCGGUUCCACAAGAAUACUAGUUAUCAAAUAGGGCUAUAAAGUGAUAAAACACCAGCUCUGGUACAAUAUCCUACCUCCCCCUCUGCUCUUUCUCACGUGCUUCACAUCUACAGAGGAGAAAACAGCAGCACGAUUCCAUAGACAACUCAGGAUUUAGAGAAAGUGAUUAAGGAGGAUCAAAGAAAGAGAUAGUGGCUAAGCUCUGUUGAUGAAGAGAAUCUUGAUUGUCGGCUGUUGUUUUUAAUAAAAAUAAUUAACUGCAUGGCAUUCAGAGAGAAGGCAGGAGGCUUGCAAAUUUCACCAUUCUUGGAACAUGACAGUUUGGCCUAAGCCUUUCAAAAUUAUGAAGAAGAAAAAAUAUCCUGAAGCUACUUGAGAACACUGAUAUCUGCAGCCUGUAUGAGGUGGAACCUUUGGCCCUCUUGCCUGCCUAAUUGUUUAUAUGGAUAGGAGGGAUGGAAGGGACAUUGCUCAGUGGUGGAGCAUCUCGUCUGCAUGCAGAAAGUCCCAGGUUCUGCCCCUGGCAUCUCCAAACAGGGCCAGACAAGACCUUGCCUGAAGCCAUGGAGAGCCACUGCCAGCUACUGAAGACAGUAUUGAGCUAGCUUGCUGUUUCCCAAACUUGGGUAUCCAGCUGUUUUCAAACUACAGUUCCCAUCAUCCCUGACCACUGGUCUUGCCAGCUCGGGAUGAUGGGGGUUGUAGUCCAAAAACGGCUGGAGACCCAAGUUUGGGAAACACUGAGCUAGAUGGAUCAUUGAUCUUACUCAGUAUAAGGCAGCUUCUUGUGAUGGCUCCCAGGGGAUGGAGGUGUUAUCCCUGGUUCAGAUGCCUGAUCCAAUCACCCAAGUAACUUUUUCUGACCCCCUACAAGACCCCACUGAUUUUGGGUGGAGUGUGUUGGGGAAUAAAUUAGACACAGAACUGUGUAGUGGAGCCGAGCACCCUGUUGGGGAUGGCAACCAGCCCAUCCUUGCUUAGCAGAGCAAUCAUUUUAUGACUGGAGUGGGCAUUAAUCUCCUCCUCCACAAAUCUGUAUGGGUAUGUCCUGUGUGUGUGCAAGAGAGUAUGUGAAAAAAGAAUGUGGAGUAAUCACAUAUACUUUGGGCAAUGCCUGCCACUGGCUUCCUGGGGAUUGACCAAGGUUGAAUGCAGUCCUUAGUCCCUUGCUAGAUUAUCUGGGCCAUUUUCAUCUCAGUUGGCCACCCAAACUGGGAAUAUGCUCUAGAGUCUCCUGCACCUCCAGAGGGAACUACAUCUUGUUCUCAAUUGGGCCUGGAGUCCAGGAAGGACCGCAGCUCAGUGGCAGAAAUUCUGCCUAGUAUGCAGAAGGUUGUGGACUCAAUUCCCAGUGGCUGAAAGUUGAAAGGCCCUGGAAGUGUGUUAUACUGAAACAGACCUUUGGUCCCUCUAGCUCACUCUUUUCUGACUGAAAGUGGCUCUCCUGGGCUUCAGAUGGGGAGCACUUUCAGCUCUGCCUGGUGAUGUUGGGAAUCAUAUCAACUUGCAAAGGAUGUGUUUCUCACCUGAGAUGGAUCUUACUUGGAUCUUGGAGCUACCCCUGUUGCUAGAGUAGCUGGCCUCUUUAACUGAUGGGCCUCCAAGUUCUAGGGAUAUACAAAGCUGUUUUAUGCUGAAUCAGGACCUUUGUACAGCUAGCACAGUCUUGCCUACGCUGAAUGGCAGAAGCUCACCUGGGGACGUUCCCAGUCCUAUCUGGAGAUGCUGAAACAGGUUACAGCCCUAGCAACUGCCCAGCUCCACCAUCUUCCUGCACUAACGAUGCUAAGUUGACCUUCUACGUAUAUUCAGCAGCUAGAGCCAUUUGGUCCUUGAAUUGCAGUUAUACCCAAAAGCAAACAAUCAGGCUGAUAAAUAAAGAGCAUUAAAUGUCCCAGAAUAGAUGUACUUCCACUGGACUGCCGAGACUCGGCAGGAGCUUUUAUGGUCUACUGGGCCAAUAAUCCUGCUUUUAAAGCUGCUUUAAAUAUGUAUUUGAGUAAUCCAGUCCUUAGAAAAAGGCCUAUAAACAUGAGUCCUAGCAGCCAGUGGCACGGCUUGAGGAGGCCUGUCCCACCAGCCCAUUGAGGGUUAUUUAAAGGGUAGCUGAUUCCCCUCUUUAAUUAGGUACAAAAUUGGCACCAUAAAGCAAAUGGCUUUAAUACUCCAGGCAGUGCUGAACAGCAGGAACUUGGAGGGAGAGUGAUGCCGAGUGAAAGGGCAGGUGGUUCCUGUCCACCACCCAUUGCAAACACUUCACAAUCAGCAUAAAUCUUUUUUUAACCAGCUGGGUUAUUAGGAAUGCUGCUAAUACAGUGGGGUUUGCAUCUAACCACCUCUCUUUAAGAUAGGAAAUUCACUGGAUCAAAAAAUUCCAAAAAUGAAAGACUGCUGUUACGAGCAGGAAUGGGUUUAUCCGUCAUUUUCAGUUUCUCUUGAUUUCUCAUUCUUCCAGUUCUAAGUUUAGUUCUCCACAUUGCCACAACAGUUUGCGAAUAUGUAUAUCUUUAUUCGCAAAAAAAAAUUCUCAUGACUAAUACACAUAAUCUCCCAAUAGACACACAUUUGUAUGCAAUGUUUCUUAAUCUAUGCACUUUUGCAAAGGAUUUUCUCCCCAUAUACUGCAUUUUCCCAUGUCAUUUUCAAGAAAUGUGCAUUUAUAUGCAUUUUUGUACACAUCACUUGGCCGGAGAACUGCAUUGCAAUAUUUAGAGAAACGCAAUUUUCAAAGGAUGUAUGUGUUUCGCUUCCCAUAUCGUUUUGGAAAGUAUUCACUUUUAAACCUGGACUGAAUCAAAUUUCACGAGCUGUUCCUUGUUACCAUUUUGAUCCAGUUAUUUCACAUUACGCAAUCUGGCUCAAGACUGACUGUGACAGAUCUUUGUCAACAACUGUCACAGUUACAACAAUGCAUCUCGGAACCAAGCCUUGUGAGGAAUGGUUGAAGGAGCUGGGUCUGUUUAGCUUGGAGAAGAGAAGAUUGAGAGGUGCUCUGAUAGUCUUCCUCAAAUAUCUGAAGGGACAGAUGGACAAUGGAGCAAGCUUGUUUUCUGCUGCUCCAGAGGGUAGAACCUGAACCAUUGGAUUCAAAUGACAAGGAAAGAGAUCCUGACUGAAUGUUAUAAAAGUUUCUGCUUUGACCAUGAAAUGGACUCCUUCAGAAGGUGGUGGACUCUCCUUCACUGGAGGGUUUUAAAGAAAGGUUGGGUGGCCCUCAGUCAGGGAAGCUUUAACUGUGAUUUCUGCACUGGAGGGGUUGAACUAGAUGACUCUUGGGGUACCUUUCAACUCUACAAAUCUAUGAGUCUAUGAUAAUAAUUUGCAUACACAGGACCUUAUAGAGUUUGAUGAGCUGUCUCUCCUUGCAGUUCCAUUUGGCAAGGAGGAGGGCAAUGGGUAUCAGAUAUGCAGAAGGCAACAAGUCUAUCCGUCUGCUUCUUAAUCUAAAAUCACCCUGUUUUCUUCUUCUUCUCCAUUUGCAGUCCCACUACCGCCCCUUCUAUGUCAACAAGGGCAAUGGAGUCACUUCUAAUGAAGCACCUUGAUCCUAGACGAUUACAAGAGGAGUCUGUUGUGCUAGGAGAGGAAGAACAUAUGAAAAUUUUCAUGGAUGUCUCUACUGCUGCUGCUGUAUUAACCAUGCUGUUUUAAUCUUUUUUCUUUCUUAUUUUUUUGUAAUUGAUGGGAGGUGGAGAAUGGUGCUCUAGGAAGAAGAUGCAGUAGUGCAUGCCCCAUUCUAGGAGGGAAUGAAGACCGUCUCCCUAGCUGUAUUAGGGCACCGUCAUGUUAUUCUUGGUAACAGCUUUUCAGCCCCUGAGAAAAUAACCCCAAAUGCAAACCUAGUUCUAUAAUGCAUCCCUUUCCCCCUACCUAUCUGCUUAGCUCAUGCUAGGUGUCUAGUAGGGAAGAUGAAAUCUGAGCUGGGCAUCACUUUUCUUCCCACCAGAAGGUCUGUGCCACGCCGCUGGAAUUCUCAACAUAACCACUAUUGCUUUCAUCCAGCUUUCUGUUUGUUAUAACUGCACCCACUCCCAUCGGAUACGCCCUGUUGACUUUUAAUGGAGGCUCUUGCUGUGUAGACGCAACCCCAAAACCUGUUUGCUAAUAACAACAGCAAUAAAAGAAAAAACCCACAAACUUCUAACAAUUCCUUGUUGCUACUUAACCGGGCAUGGGCUGUGAAUUGAUAGGCAAAAGGAUGCGUGGUGGCCCAUUGAUACAUACUCCCUCCCUCCAGCCAUCCAGCUUCUCAAAUAUAGAAGAAAGUGGGCGAAAUCUAUCCUGCUAAUGGAAGAUUGAUUAGAUGUCUCAGCUAUUCCCUUCCCCUCAACCCUCUGAUGAUAUUGGCUGAUAUGCUCUGGUUCACUUGUUUUGUUUUAUUAUCUAGAAGAAGAGUUAUUACUGGAAGUUCUGAGAUUUAUUCUUACAAUGCUACAACGGGACUCUCUCUCUCUCUCUCUCUCUCUCUCUCUGUAUGUGUGUGUGUGCAUGUGCACCUACUGUUGCAAACUGAAUCAGUGUGAGGUGACAACCAGGGCAAGGGUGUUGCUGUGGCUUGUACCGUCCUAAACAAAGAGCUACAGUCAUCAUGGGAACCAUUUCACCCAGUCCCUAGAAUUGGUACCCAAGCUUGAAGGUCACUGGCCAUCUCCUACGAAGUCCUAAGAGCCUCAAUCUUCAGUGGAAACUGGACACAUUUUAAAGCACUUGGGCUCUUCCUUUAUGGGUUCAAAUAGGCCACAACUUUAUUGGUUACAGAUGUGAGCAGUUUGGCUUAGGCAUUGGGUGAAGCCAGGCUAUAUCUCGACUCUCACCUGUCUGCAGGAAGUCCAUCUAAGGGUAAAUGACCAAUAAGGGGAGCCCUAUGACUUACAUCAAGUAGGGACACCCUGAAAGGUCCCCAUUGGGGUCAUGGCAUGGCCCUAGCCCGUGCCCAGGCAUUGGACAGGAUCCACACCCCCGAAUCCCUUUAACAGGAUACCCUUAUCGAGGAGGGGCAGGUGGAGGCUACAACCUCCCCUCCAUCCAAACAAAGGCUUACUCAAUGCCUAAUCUCACAAAGUUGUGACAAUUGCUGCAAGGCAGGCAAAAACCCAAUGGCUGGUGCCAGUUUGCCGAGUGGAAAAAAUUCCUACCCGGCCCCAACAAUAUGGCGGUUGACAUUUGUCCAUAGCAAGGUCAUGUCAGAGCAAAGCAUGAAAAGAGGGUGGGUGGCUUGGGAGGUCCGGCAAAAGGUCGAGAGAGGAGAGGUCCCCAACCACUCCGUGGUUAAAUUUCCUGUGGCCAUGCCCCCACUGGUGCUGAUUGGCCAGCUGGGCCACACUGGGCAUGACCCUACCCAGUGCCAGUGACGUGGCUGGGACAGCACCAGGGCGGCAUCAACUCCCCGUCCCCACACUGGAUCACUGCAGGGGCCUGGAUGGCUGGACACAACACCGCCCACCAAAAAAGGUGAGUGGACUUAUUGUUCACACCUGUUCUUUAUACCAGCUUGCUUUCCCCCCACCUGAUACCUGGAAAUAUACACGCUCACUCACACAAACAAACAAACAAACAAACAAACACACAGAGCAUCUGACUAACAGAGGUCACACCUUUUGCAUGCUGGAAAUUACCUUGUAGCUAAGCCCUCUGCAGAAAGAAGCAAGAACCUCCCCACUUAAACUACACUCUGCUCUUAAACCAGUGCUUUAGACUUUUUAAAGUUUAUGGUGUGAAAGAUCUUGACACUAGGACCCCUUAUAUUCUGGGGAGUUCUUAUUUUUUGAAGAAGAAAUGUUCCAAAAUGCAGAAAAUGAGGCAGGUUUUAAGAAGUCUGAGAAAUGUGGGGGAAUGUAUAGAUAGAGAUGUAUUUCACUGAAAGGGAAUUUAAAGUAUAUAGUUCAACAAAGCCCCUAAGGACCAUCUUGUCUCAUUUCUAAACAGUUCCUUAGAGGGGGAAGCACCUCUCAUCCAAGGUCCUAUUGAUACCAUCUGUAGAAAAAGAUUUCGUAACCUGCUGAAGCAAUUUUCUCUGUAGCCCAACCUGUUCUUCCCUGACAACCACCCUGAAUUUUGUUUGUCACUGUUUUGGACUGUUCUUGCUUUGUUGUUGCUUUCAUUUCAGGGUGAAAGUUCUUUAAGGUAAUAAAAAUUAUGCAGUAGUGUUUUAAAAAAAUAAACAAACAAGGCAGAGAAAGAGAGAGCUCAGAGCAGGUUGCUAGAUCUCAUGAUGGUGACUGAUUUGUCUUGUUCUAUUAGUGCACUAUGAAGCCUCCCCACCCCACCCAGUUUAACAUAAUCAUUUUUUAUGUUGGAAAGAAGUUAUCCAUGAAGACAGCUGGAGAGAGGCCAGUUGAGAACAGGCUGAUGAGAGCAUCACGUCCAGGUUUCCAGUGAGCAAGAGGGACAUGCCUUAUAUCUCCCCUCCCAUUCCAUAGAGACAAUGCAGAAUUUUAUCAUUUGCAUUCCUAUCCACAUUUCCGUGUCCCAAAGAAGUCAAUUGAGGCUGCCCCUCCUUAGCUAUCACCACUGAAAUAAAGCCACGUAAUUGGGGAUAUGGAUCUAUUGCUAACCUGCGGGAUGAGGCAUAAUGCAAGCAAAACGCAUUUGCAUCAGCACAGUUUAAGAUGGCAAAAUAGACUACCUGAAGUCUUGUUCCCCUUGUAAUUGCUGCCUGAAAGUCCUCGUGCAUUUGCAAUUUGUUCCUCAUGGUGUUGAUGAUCUCGAUUAAGCAUGGUGGAUUAGCUUGCAGGAAAGAGGGAGCUUUUGCAAGACCAGUGUUGCUUCAGCUGGCAAAGCUUAUUUUGCUUAUUCCCAAAUGCCUUUUUUUAAAAAGGUGUCACUGAGAGAAAAAAAUGCAACACUCCAGGUGAAGCUAGAGCAAAUAAGCAAAGCAUAAGUGGCAGACGUGACCUGAAUGGAUAGCUCAGUUGGUUAGAGUAUGGUGCUGAUAAUGGCAAGGUUGCAGGUUUGAUUCCCAUAAGUGACAGCUGCAUAUUCCUGCAUUGCAAGGGGUUGACGUUCCCCAGGAUCCCUUACAAUUAUUUGAUUCUAUGAAUGUGGUGUGAAAGGAAAUCAAAACCAGUGGAUCACCAAAAGAGAGUGUGCUUUGCAGAUCCUCCUUUUGAACUCCCUCUUAGUCAUCUGCGUAUUGGAAGAAUCCAAAGCAACAACUAACCCAACAACCCACUGCUGCCAAAAUGGUCCUCUUCCAUAAAGAGCUCUUAAUUUGUGCUUGUUCCCCUCCAGAAAAUGAUUCUGGGGCUGAACCUCAGACUGGACGUAGUAGUGGUGAAGUCAACAAUGCCUUGUAUGAAGUAUGUCUUGCUAACCAGACAGGCAACUCCACACAUCCAGGGCCCCCCAAAAGGGUACAUAAAUGACUUAAGGAAUUCAUAACAAUAAAAUUAACAAAUUAUGAAUUAGUAAUAAUAAAGUCCUGGCUGAAGAGGGCUGGCUGUAAGGCAGGCCUGAUCCACAACAAGCAGGAUCUCUUUAGGGAUCCAUCCCUGGUUGCAAAAUGAGAUGCAAAUUAUCAGAGGGAGGUGAGAGUCUCAAGGGAGCUAGCUUGGAAGGGCUUGUAAUUUUUUAUUUUUUUAUUUUUACAGAUUUCUGUCCUUUGAAUUUGAGGUGUGUGUGUGUGUGUGUGUUGUCACACUGUUUUACCUUUUGUUUUACAACAUUCCCUGUUCUGGAUGAUAUGGCAAUUUAGAGGCUUUUUGAGGCGGAGGUGCUGGUUUAAAACACUAAUAGUGACAAGUUAAUGUUAAUUGACUUCAAAAAGGAGGUUUAUGUAGACGACUUUGCUUUGUAAAUGUCCCUGAAAAUGGAACAGUAGAACUUAAAAAAAAUAAAAAUAAAAUAUUGUUUUUCUCCAU